AGUGAGCUCCACACACACACAUAGACACACAAUUACACACACGCUUCCAGCAGGCUCCACAUGAAGUUUUCACUCUGCACCGUUUGGAUUUUUAGGAAUUCAUAUCGGCCAUCCGGACUCUCCUCCUCCUGACUGAGAUGUUGCGAUGUUCCGUGCAGCCUCACAAAACGUGGACUUGUUUCGGCUGAUUUGGUUGUUUUAUUUUGUGUUGUUACCGGAGACUGGCUGUAGAUCAGCCGAUGUGGACAGCUGUCAUGAGGUGAAGACAGCCUACAUGAUGCGCCAAAUAGGCCCGGUGGAGCUGGUGCCAGACAGGCCGGGAACAGGUCAGUGAGCUCCUUUGGAAAUAUCACCGUGCAGACUUAAAGGAGGCUUAAAAUACACAGAGGAGGAAUGUGCUGAAGAACUGGACUUCUAUAUAAUCCUGAGGCAGUUGAACUUUUCUCCGAGUGCAUAUCAGAAACCUUACUUCUGCUAUAAUGCACUUUAAAUGCAUUUAUUAAGCUUUGCACUGCUCUUAACCUGUUAAAAUUGUCUAUUUAUAAAAGCACAGACUGUGACAGUGAAUGCAAAAUGCAUAACGAGUAUACUCAGAUGGCAAUUCUGUGUUUUAAAUAGUGUUUAGAUCAAGUAAAAAAAGCCAAUAACUCAAUUUAGAUCAGCUCUCACACAUGUGGGAAGUUUAUUUUAAUCCAUUAUAUAUAAGUAAUGAUAAUGAUAAAGACUUAAUCUCUCUGUAUAUAGUAUAAAAAUGUAUAUUGUGGCAAUUCUGCACAAUUAAUUAUUUUAAUGUUGACUAUUUCUGGGACAUUUUACCUGUAAGGCAUCUGUAAGGAAAAAAAACAACCAAUUCUUAUGUUCAUAAAGCACCAAAUACUUUGACUGCCUCUAGAAAUAUAUGUGAUUUCUACUAAUUAGAGCAAUUAAACAUCACAAGAUUAUAGUGUCACUCUCACAUCAUAUUAAAGUUAAUGAAACCUACGAGAUUUUCUGUGCUUUCCACACAUUCACCUCUUAAAUUCACUGCUAUGAAAAGUGAACAAACUUCAAGUGCUCUGAAAUCUCACUUCAACUUAAUAUCUCCCCUGCCAUGAUUAUUAAAAGUUUCUCGCAUCUUGCUGUGACUUUAAUCCCACACAUUUCAAAUCCAUAGCUUUAGAAACUCGGGGCCAAACUGAAGGGAUUAUCACAACGCAGGAAAGAGAGAGGAAAGCUAUUCCUGUUGAAAACCAACCGUAAUAGUCAUCGUCACGUACGGAGAGCUUCCUGAAAGUGAACUAGUUUAAAAGUGUCGGCGUUAAAGAUGCAUUUUGUGCCUGUGUGUGUGUGUGAUUUGCCUGAUGAGACUCUCUUUGCACAGUUUGACACCACUGCACUGGAUGAGAAAGCAAAUAUCAAAUGGGUUUUUAUGAUGUACGAUGUAAAAGGAGAACUCACUCUGUUUGCAGUAAUCUCCCCUCAAAGUGGCAGAUGAUACAGAUCUCCAUAUAACAAGCUUUUUGAUUGAACAUGAAGUGUCCUCUCCUCAUAAUUAUACACAGAAAUGCAUGAGAAUCAGAUGCUUAUCAUGGGGCUGUUAUGAGGCAGACUGAAGGCAAUCUGUGUCAGACAUCAGUGAGCAGUCAUACAGCUGCAGCAGACUGAACAAUCUCUGCUCGGAUCUGUUUCACCUUUCUUUUCUGUCCUAUCAACAACACUUUGUUAGAUGACCUAGUCACAAAGAUCUAUCGUAGUUCUAAAAUUUGCAGGAACUCAUGGUGUGUAAUGAGUUGGUGGUUUCUGACAGCUAGUUAACAAUAUGAGAUGUGACCUUUGCAUUUACAGGCAGAGACGUCUGCUAAUAAUAGAUGGUAACCACAGCAGAAUCUCUGCACAACAGCCUUUGGAUGUGCCGUGGACAUGGAUUAAUGUGGAAGAAGUUGCUGUGACGUUAUAAGAGCACCUUAAUAUAAAUUUUAUAUAUAAUUCUUGACAUUAAUAAGUCUCAGUCAGCAGUCUGUAUUUCCCUGGACUGAAAUUAAAUGAUGUGAGACAUUUUCAAACAUAAGCUGCAGAUUUUCACUUCAGCUCAUGGGGACUUUUCUCGUCUUUCUGACCACUCAGAGUGAUUUUACACUCCCUCUAACUUUUGAUUGGUGAAAUGCGCAACUCUCGGGCCUGUCACUUUUCUUUGCGUCUAAUACUGAGGCUGAAAUAUGAGUCGAUUUCUUUGAAAACAUUAUCUCUUUAAUAAGUGAUAACAUUUAAAAUCGAAACAGAAUUUAAAAAAAGUCACUGAAAUUAAUUAACUUGUUCGAUUCAUCAGUGGUGUGACGGAGGAUUGAUAAUUUUGCAUCAAAUUUUGUAUUUUGACUAUGAAAAAUGUUGAUUAUGUAAAAUUUUUAUAUGUCUGCAUAAGAAAAAAUAUAUGUACACUUUAAUUCAUCUAUGUCACACAUUUAAUCUUUAAUACUAUUCUCUUAAUAUCUAUUUUUAUCAUAAUGUCCAGCUCUUUACAUUCCCCUCUAAAAUGAUUGGAAACAAUAGAUGCUUCUCUAUGCUAAUGAGAUCCAAACACAGCUUCCACUUACUUACCUGUUAUCAUGUCAGCAAAAAACUCACUCGAAACAAGUUUACACAAAAUGUUCAUCAUGUUGAAAAGUUUGUUUCUGACUCAAAUCAAGCUGCAAAAACUGAAUCUAAAACUGUAAAUUAGCGUGUAGUCUAGGAGAGACAGUGUCUUCAAAAUUAGAGUAUGCAUGUUUAAAUAUCACAUAUUGAAGUCUUAUUUUUGAAUGUUGUUCACCAGUUGUGAUUGUUCUUCACUUGAGGAAUGUAACCCAGCAUAACAAAUCAAUGUUUGCAAUCUCAGUCAUGUAUUCCAUGCACAGCCAGCGCUAAUAUGACCAGCUGAAAGUUUAACACAGGUCAAACAGGUGUGUGUUAUUCUGUCUGUGUGUGUGUGUGGGUAUCGCUCAAGUCAUCAUGUCAGGCCCCAUCAGGCUCAUUGUAGAAUUAUGACCAUGAGGGCAGAGAGUCUAGUGCGCUAAAUGCUUUGAGAUGAAGAAGUGUGUAGCACUCAGACAGAGAAGAAAAUCUGGAGUCAUGAAAAUUCACUUUUUAAUGAUAUACAUGAAAAAAAAAAAAAUUCUCAGAAGGAGCAGGUCUCUUGUUUGUGAUCCAAGGAGGACCUUUUUUGCCGUGGUACUUCCUCUUGCAGACUUAAAACUGUACAUCUAAAAAAGAAAUAAAGCUUGUUUAUGUUCAGGGUUGAUUAAUGAUGUUACAGUAACAGUCCUUAAAACAGUACAGUAACGCAGACCUUCUGUAAAAUCCACUCAGUUUGUUAGACCAGCAGAUUUCAGGAGAUAGAGUGUAUUUUUAGAGAUUGUCCGGAUCCAGUCCCUCAAAAAUGAAGGCAAUCUGUGAUGAUUUAUGUAUCAUUUCUGGUAAAAUAGUGUUACUUCUUUUGUUAGCUGACUGUGCUAAACAAAAGCUAACUUUUUGUUUUGGUCUGUCAACCAAUCAGAGGCUAUCUCUGUGAUCACCUGACCUGCAUCAUAAAGAGAUACUAACGCAGAAGCAGUUUGUAAUUCAGCAGACUGUUUCUAUUUAGAAAACUGGAAACAUUUUAUCGAAAAGAUGUAAAAAACUAGACUUACUUUAUUUGAUUUAGUGUGUCUGUCAGUUAAAAUUUCUUUCUACACAGAAACAGAUCCCAGAUGAACCCAGAUGAAACCAAAAUGAAUGUACAGUAAAAUUGAAAAACUUGGAAUAUUACAAACUCUAACCUAAGACUUAGUUUAGAUGCUUUUAGUAAAUGUAACUUUCAGCAUCACAUACUGGGAGUGAAAGUCAGCCAGUUACUCUUACAGUACAAUCCUGUUACUUGGUUGUGGGACAUCUUGCCAAUUAGAUGGUGUUGCAGAUGGGACAUUUGGUGAGAUAGAGUGGUGAGUGAAAACAGUCACAGAAGGCAAGACAUACCAUUGGCAGCGUGGCCGAAAUAGCACCAAUUUAAAUGAAUUAAUGUUAUGGGCAAUGGGGAAAAUGGAAAGACAGAACAGUUAAUUAGCCAAAUGCUGAAUGUCGGUUUUGAUAAUUAGCCAAAGCUGAUAAAUGGUCCACCCCUAAGCCACCCCUAUGGUUUAGGCUGAUUUACACCAGUCAGCAGCUUGGUCUCAACAGCUGUGCUGCUAUUGCCUGGAUUGCAGGACAGGAUGUUGCUCUAUUUGGACUGUUUUAUAUCAGAGAUGGUCAGGACUCAGUUGCUCCCAGGAUGCUCUCACACCUGUUCCCAUUAAGUGUUAUUAUCGCCCAACUUUCAGACCAGUGUCGGUGGAAUUAGGACCAGGAGAUAAACAUGAGAAAUAGGACAUGGGAAACUCUUAACCAUCUUUACUGAUUUUAUCAGGAAUCAAAGCCAAAAGAGGGUUCAUUGUUUUCAGUGAGUACCAACAAAUCAGGGAAAUGACAAGGUUUUAUUGAUAUUAACAGCAUUUUUGAUUCUGCUUAUUCAAACCUUCGUCAAUUCCUGUGGAUUCUCUGUGUGGAAAAAGAAGGAAAACACAAAUAUGAUAACAAGUCCUGUAUCUAUACUGCUCUGCUGAGACGAGAUUGCCUGGCCUCUGACUGGACUUUUAAAGGUCAUCUUAUCCACUCUUUAAACUAAGAUGGUAGUCUCUGUCUAGCAAAACAAGAGACAGAAUGACAUCUAGUAAAAUGACACCACUGGAUCAUCUUUGUGAGAUAGAAAAGACCCUGAUUGUUGCAGAAAUACUGAAUUUUGCACUAAAAGGUGGCAGCAGGUCUCACAAAGUGAGUCAAUUUUACAGUAAGUCAGUGCACUGUACUGUUUUGCUUUCAGGGCUAGUACUGUAAAAACAAUCUUUGACAUCUGCUUAUGCAUUUACCCCUUCAUGAUUACCUCUCUGACUCUUUGGCUGUUGUUCAUGUUUCCUGCCUGUCAUACCAAUAAGGGAACAGUUAAGCUUGAAGGCAAAUGAUGUUGAUGGCUCAAAAUAGUUUAAACCAGUUCUCAUUUAAAACCGGUUCUCGAUUCCCAUCUGGGAUUUCAAGGUCCAAUAUUUCUACCACCAAAAAACAGCAACAACCUCAACGUGACACUUUGAGUGCGUAAUCUAUGGAGUUGGUUCGUUUUAACAUUGAAAAGGUGACAAAAAUUAUGGUUUUAACCAAAAUACUCCAAAAUCCGGUCUAUAAAGAUCAUCUUUGCUCGGGGUAACCCUGGGUUUGCCUCCUGGCAUCUCAGUGCUGCUGUCACUGGACACCCUUCCAGGUCUCUGGAGAUACUGACUGAUAGAAGUUCACUCUACUCUUAUUCCUGCCAUGUCUACAUCAACCGUGGUGUUAGAGUCGGUGCUGUAACUCGGAUCAAUAUUACUUCCUCCCCUUGACAGUUAUGGAUUGAUGCACUCAUUCAUACCCCCAACACAAACAGUUCAUUCAUACCAGUUAUUGAUGUAGGGACUCGAACUAUUCGAUCAUUUUCACGCCUUUAGGAGCAGAUCUGCAGCUCAUCUCUCUUUUAAGUCGCCAAAAGUCAGACAAGUUUGUUGGUGAAAGUUUUCAAGGCAAGAAUUAAACAUUUAUUAGAUAUUAUUUCUAUUAUUCAUUAGAAUCUCUGAGCGUACGGCCUGAAAUUUUUAACCAGGGUUAGACUAAAAGGUUAAUAGAAAUCUAGGCAGACUUUAUGGAAUAAUUCCUUUUAUUAACCAUGAGAGAUUUGCUUCUUUGUGGCUGAAAUAUCAGUGGAUUUAAUUUACAUUAACCAGGAUGAGGUUCUGUCUUUCUGCCCCCUGUCCUCAGAUGAGUCUCUGCGGGUGUGUGUCCAGCCUGGGCCCAGCUGCUGCACCAGCAAGAUGGAGGACAGCUACAUGGCAGCAGUUCGCAGCGAGACGCAGCAGAAGAUGAGAUCCUACAGCUUCGAGCUCAAGUACCUGAUCGCCGGACACACCAAGGCAUACCAAGGUGAGAGUGGAAAUGAAGAAAGUGAUGUAGACGAGGGGAAAUAGAGUACACUCACAUAUUGACUCACAUAGUGACAUGUUGGAGGAGUGGAGGAACAUUUUUUACUUGCUCAGCAAAUAUCAAACUUCUCUGAACAUGGUGUUAAAGCUGAUAUUACUCAGUCAACCAUAAUUUCUCAUGUAUGGACCAAAAUUUGAAGUUAUUCAGUUAAAAAAAGACAUUUUUGAGCAAGAACACCAGGAAAUGUUAGCUUCAGUUUCUCAGUGACAAUAGUUUUUAGCUUUGCGUUUACAAAAAUAUAGACGUUAGUAUAUAGAGUGUCUGUAUCUUGAACUGUUGAAACACACCUAGUUAUUCAAAGAUGUCAAUGUUGGCCAGGAGAAAUUCCACUGUGACCUUUUCUUGGCCUGAUUCAGCUUUUGAAACAUUUUAUUACACCAAACUUUCCCUGAUAUGAUUAAAAACAUGCAGAUUGUUAUUAUCUAUGAACACUUGAAAGCUGCGAAACUUGUAUGACUGAGAUGUACCGCAUUUUCUAUCAACCUAAACCAGUCCAUUUAACGAAUCAUUACCUAAAUACGCUGACGACAAUUUGGAAGGCCACAAGAAACAUUUAAGCUAGCAUUAGCCCAGCUAUACUAGCAUUAGCCCAGCUAGCGAUAUAUUUUUUUGUAGGAUGGUUGGACAACGUCCCGCCUCCUUUGCCUCUGAUUGGCUAGAAACGCUGGAAAUGUUGCACGCUCAUGGCCAAACGCGGGCUGUCGGCUUUGUACAUCGAACAGAACCCGAACCCUUACCCUUACCCGACAGACGUUUCAGAGCCAUAAGGAAAAACCAAUCGGAGCCCAGCACUUCUAGCCAAUCAGAGGCGAAGGAGGGCGGGACUCACGCCCAGCUAUGCUAGCAGCCUCCCCUGAUAUCCUAUUUUCUAGCUAGAGAGGAUUGAAUAAACCCCGUUAGUUUAUUUUGAUUGUUACCUUACAAAAAACAUGGACUUCAUCAAAACAGUUCUCCUUUGCCACUCUGAAACAGAAGUUACUGGUAUUAGUGACAGCAUUAAUUAAUCUUCAUCCCUCUGGUGCUCUAAGGAGUAAAUAUGUUCAAAAAUAACUUUUUUACCUAGUCUGGUUAUUUUUCUCGUUUGGUUUUUAGGGAGGUUAGCAUACACGAGUUACUCAAGUGGAAGAUUUAAGGACGUAAAUCAAACUGACGUUAAUAGCAGCGGCGAUUUCGGCGUUUUAACAGUUCUGUCAAGUGUCUGUAACCCUCCUGUCGUUCCCACUUUGUGUGUUCAUCAAGAAAUAGCUAGUUUGUGUCAGGAUGGCGGUGUGAGGCCAGUUUAUUUUGUGAGGCGCCACAGUGGCUAGCCAAACAAACAACUGAUGUCCGAUUGAGUCUUUGAGAGAGCGAACUCACAGAGGGAGCGGCGAAAAACUUUGUUACAACUCUCCGCUCUCUUUCUUUAUCCGUCUGUCUCUGUCGCUGCCAUAAUCAGGUUUUGUUCGUGACCAACGAGAGAGCGAAGGACGGAGAAUGUUUACAUUCAGUACGUAUCUGCAGCAAAGUGUUGUUGCCGUGGGCAACAGCCGGUCUCUAACGGCCUGCUCUGAAUAGGAGGAAGAAUACUCUGCUUGUCCACUUGUCUCUCAACGCUAUUCACCCGUCUGUGCGAGCAUGUGUGUGAGAUAAAAAGAGCUGGUGUGUGUGUCUGUGUGUUUGUGUGCAUGAAUGUGUGCAGAGAUUAUGAGAGGGCUGGAGCUGAUGAAACCCAGCAGACAGACAUGGCAAACAUGUACCUCCCUGCUUUCUCUUUUCUCCCCUCUCUCUCCUCCCCCGCUCAGUCUGAAUGCACUUAGACUCAGUUUCAGCUCCUGUUAGGCCCAGUGGAGGGCUAGCUCAUCCAUGGGUAAAAUUAAUGCAAAACACCCAUAAACAAAGAACAGGGCCAAAGCUGCUGCAAGUCAGAGGAGACGGGCUUGGAUCUGCUGCAUUGAGUUGAAAUGUAAAAGCCCGAGCAGUGUGAUUCAGAGUCAGCUCACACGGAGAAGAGAAGUUUAACUUUCCUACUUUGCCAGCAACACUAAGAAUUUUCAUGGUGAUUAAACUCUAUUUUUUUGUGCAGAAUAACAACAAACUUCUUUUGUUAAAGGUAUGGACAGCAGCAGUACAGAGUUUUAAACCAUUAAACAAACAAUUAAAUCACUUAAAGCAGGCACAAGGACUAAAAAAGAAAUCUAUCAAGGCAAGAAGUAGUUAAAAAUUACACUUGGAUUCAUUUCGAUGUCCUUCAGUUCGUUUUUAAAUGCCCUAACCAGGAUCAGCUAAUCGUACCUCAAAUCUAUCUAUAAGUAGUUCCAGACAGCCUAGUGAACACAAAGGCCUGUUUGACCUGUGCAGUGCAAACAAAUGUGCGUACAGUUGUCCCGGGUGAAUGAAGUUUGCACUGUGCUGCUUAAAGCUUUGGGAUAAAUGCAGGAAAACGACACAUUAUCUCAGGAGAGGGUGGAGAAAAUCUGGUUGUAAGCCUUUGUUGGGCGGCUGCAGUGCUCUCGUUUUGGGAAUAAAAAGGGAGAUGUGACACUUGAAAUAUGCAACACCAUUUUCUUCAGGACAUGUAUUUCCUUUGGGCUGAGAACAUCAGACAGAUAAUCGUCAGAAAUGGUGCGCCAAACUCUUUGAAACAGCUCUUAUGAUCUGGAAUUCCCCAAAAUUAGACACCAACAAGGGAUUCUUUAUUGUUUGCGCUGGCACUGCCGGUGGCUUCAUUACGAAAUCAAUGUAGGUCAGCAGGCAAUUUUAUAGACAUACCACACAUAACAAUCACAACAACAACAAAGUCUGGGUUAAGCUUUGUUGGUUUCAAGAGAAUGACUUAAUUUCCACGGACAAAUGCUGGGUUUUUUAGCUUUCCUGGUGGUGUAUUUGUCUGUUAACUUUGGCGCCCCCUGUGGACAAAGUAGUCUUUGCAUGUCUUGUUCCCAACAUGCUAAAGUUGUGCCAUUCAAUAAAAACAUCUUAAAAGUCAACGAAUCCCUUUUUUAAUGGAAAAUGUAAAAGCAGGGCUGAUCGGCUGACACAAACCCCCUUGCUACAGCUCAAGGGCACUAAAAACUACAAUAUAAAAGUCAUUUGUCAUGUCAUUGGUGAUUUUGUUAGCUUUUGUUAAUCAUAAAAAAGAUAGGGCUGGGUGAUAUAGCCACAAAUCAAUAUCAUACAUACUGAACAGUUCACCUCAAUAACGAUAAAUGGACGAUAACUUCUCCACAAGUUGCUCACCCCCUCCCACAUUAACUUCAUCUACUUCAGCCGCCGCUCCAGCCGCUCCAACUCUUGAACUGUCCUCCAUCUCCUUACCUGUCUUUCCCUCUUUGUUAUGGACUGGAUGGGGUGGAGUCAUGUCUCAGAGCAUCUUAAAGGGACAUAAGACCAUAGCUUACCUACACACAUCCAAAACCAACUUUUAUUUAUUUUUUUGACACCAAAUAUAUUGACAUGGGCAAAAUGACGUUGGUUAUUGUCAUAAAUUUCAGUAUAGGUAAAUUUUUGGUUUGUCACCCAGCACUAAAAAAAGGCACCAAUGUGGAUUUUAAUCUAUUUCAUUUAUGUCAAAAAACUCCUCAUAGGAUCUUUAAGUCACUUUGAGGACACUAGUGUUUAAAUUCCCUCUAAGAGCUGCGAUGGUGCCCAAGGUUUACCGUUUAAGAGGUGGCAUCCUCCAGUUGUGCUGAAAAAGUUCCUUCUGCCUUAAAGAAAAAGGAAUAAUUAAAAAAAAAGAUGUGUCUUUAAAUUGAUACCCAGUCAGCAAGUUUAAAAAAAAGCUCAUUUGAAUGUUUUGGAUGAACUAGCCCUUUAAUUAAUUACUUUUUGUGUGACAGCAGUGCUCAACAGCUGAGCUGAAUCUCAGUGGAUCUCCUCUCCAGAGUAGAGUGAUUAAAACCCUCUAGAGAAACUGAGACAUGCCCAGCGUGGUUAUAGUCGGGCUCUGUUUACACCCUGUGGAUUACAUGUGUGUGUGUGUGUGCGUGCGCUUGUGUCAAUAUAUGUCUGCAUGCUUGCAUGUCUCUCUCCACGGCACAGUAAGACCCCUUGCGCCCUCUCCGACCAUGCCGCAGCUGUCAUCCAAUCACAGAGGGUAAAGAGCUAAUCACAUGACCCCAGGGUGGACUUUUCUGUGUCACUUGAUGCCGUCUGUAUUUGUGUUGCUAUUGCCGGGACAUGGGUAUGCAAACAUAUAAAAGAGGGUCGUUCUCACUGGGUACUUAAGAGCAGAGAGUCCUGCUGCUGCUGCUGCUGCCGCUUCAUCCCAUGAGUGCUAUCAGUGUGUCUUUAUUCAGCCUAUUUGUGCUGCAGUGAGUUUGAACAUACACAACUAAAAUAGAAAACAUGUCCUGAUUAUGCAAACUGAAAGGGUCAUUUACAAAUUUUGUCAAUUCAGGUUCAAGGUUUGAAAUCGAGACUAAUUUUACUAAAAUUUUUGAGCUAUUUUUAGUCAUUUCUCAAACUUUUUUCUUGCAUAUUUAAAGAGCUUUAACUUUUUUUUUUCAAACGUGCGUGCAACACAAGUAAACUGAAAACAAACAAACAAAACCAGUGAGAGUAUUGAAAACAACAAAAACAAUAAUCAAAGCUAAAAAGUAAAAAAAAAUUUGAAUAAUAAUAAUGCGAACCCAACAUGUCCGAAAAGCAUUAUGCUUUUUUUAAACCUACCUCUUUCUCCUCUUCCUAAUUAAACAGUCAGCCUCCAGCAUAUUUACAUUAUAUUAACAAAAAAAUAGAACAUAAAUAGAGUAAAAAAGUGUUUUUGUACCGCUUUUUAAACUGGGUCAUGCUUGGACAACGCUUGAGCUCCACACUUAAUCUGUUCCACAACCUUACUCCACAAACAGAAACACAAAAACUAUUUAAUGAACUCUCCGAUAAUGUAGAUGACUAUGAAAAAAACACCUACUUUGUAAAAUGUGCAAAAAGAGCUCCAGGAAACUCCUUUUUAAUGUCAUUUCAAGGUGGCUGUUACUGAAAAUGAAGCUGUCUGAAUAUGGAUUCCCGUCGACCGUCCGAAUACGUCAUGCUUUUUGUCUCUCCGUGUGAAUGUGCGAGCGAAUGAGUGUGUCCAUGUGCCAGGAUGCCAUCAGGUUGACAUCACCCUUUUUUACUUUGCCAUUUCAAACAUGGGCACGCACUCCAUCUGUCUGUCUGUCACACUGCCUCUGUUAAUAGUGCUGUCCACUUUAUUAGAGCGUGUCAGAUGUAGGAAACACAGAGGAUCCUGAGAUCGGGCCUCUCAUUAUCACCUGACUGUAGAUGACAGGAGAGUGAAAACGAGCUCAGGGAUGAAUUAAGUUGUUGCUAUUUUGGCUCCGACCAUCAGGAUAAAGUCAGUCCAAGGUUAGAGACACACACUCUGAUACAAAGACAGUGAAUAUCUGCCACUUUUCAAGUCCCAGUCACAACUUGAACAGCUUCUGUAUAAACCUUUGUUCGUAAAUCACACAAACAUACUCAUAUCAGACCAAUAUACUGUGUAUUAGGUACAUCAGGAUAGUUAAUACAUACAGUAAAUGCAAAAAAGAAGAGAAAAGGUUCUUGGUUGGUACAUAAAACACUUAAGAAAUUGCCUAAAAUUAUGAAUUUAUGAUGAUUUUGGAUUUUAGUAGUUAUUGAUGGGACAUUGCAGGCGUUUUUACUGCCGUUUCUCAUGUUUUGGGAGUUUUUUUUUAGCUGCAAGCAGCUUGGCUGUAAGGGCGGCAUUUUGGUCCAAACUAAAAAUAUGGAAAUCCAACUUGAGUGUGCGGUGCCAUUAAUUCUGAGUCAGUCUGUAACGGCUCCAAGAACGUUUGGAGAGUUUUUUUACUUUUGUCAACUUCAACUUCAGUCAUGAAAAUAAGUAUAAUAUGCCUGUUUUUUUUUUUCUCUUUCUUUUUCCAGAGACCUUUGAGUCGCUCGUGUCCUUCACAUCCAACCUGACCAGCACUCUGUUCGACAGCGCCUACUCUGCUUUGGCGUCCGACUGCCGCCCCCUUGUGCUUCAUUUGUUCAACGGCAUCAAACGGCACCUUUCAGGGGACUCGAAUUCCUCACUGGACCACACUGUACGCCGGUUCUACAAUGAUCUUUUUCCGCUGGUCUACCGGCGUUUGCUCAACCCCGGGAUCGGCCACAUGUCAGCCCGCUCUUUUUACCCACUCGCCGCCAAUCACGACGACUGCCUGAGGAUGACGAGGCAGGAUGUCAGCCCCUUUGGACCACACCCUCGCCUCCUCGUCAGCAGCUUGUCCCGAGCCCUCGGGCCGGGGCGAGCACUGAGCCAACUACUGAAACUGGCCGGAGAGGUCGUAAACGCGACGGAGAAAGUGACGUUAUCCAGGGAGUGUGGGCGGGGCUUAGUGAGGAUGCAGUACUGUUCUCACUGCAGAGGGCUGACGCUGAUUCGGCCCUGUACGGGACUAUGUGUCAAUGUUAUGAGGGGAUGUCUGGUAAGUGUUUGAACAUUUUUACAUUUGCUGUUUUUGUUUCUCCCAAACUUUUAUGUUUUCAUUACAGUGACACAGUUUAGUUUGCCGUGUUAGCGACUACAAGUGUGGCCUUAAAAACUCUUGUCAAGAUGCACAGCUUGUAAAAACACAAAAACAGACAUGUGCGCACACACACAGUGCUGUUCCGCCUUGGCAGCUCCAACAUUGCACAUCACCAGUCUCACCAUCUAUCCUGCGUCUGUUACUACCUACAAAAGAGGAUCAGAGUCAAAGUGACUGUCCUCUACCAUAGAGACCAUGUCCGUGUUGGAAAGGUGCAGCCAACCCAACUUUAGGUUAGCCCUGCAAUAGGAAAAGAGGUGAAACAGAGGCAGGUCUUAACCCGUUUUGCAAAGAGCUACAACAAAAAUUUCAUUCAGCUUUCCUUAAACCAUCACAAAUAUCCGUCAUUUUGAGUAAUUGUUGUAGAAAAAGGUUAAAAAAUUGUCUGUUUCUUCAGUAAGCUCUAUCAUUUUGCCCUUCUGCAGUAGUCAAAGGCUUGAAAGAUUUUAAGUCCUGUCGCAGAUUGCUUGGUUUGCUCUUUUAAGUCAUGGAGAGGAAUCACGAUUGAUUUCUGCUUAACACCUGCCCAAAAACUUCUCACAGGAGCUUUAACUAGGGGGACCAUACGUCCUCUUUUACCCGGACAUGUCCUCUUUCUGGGGAGCUGUCUGGCCUUGUCUGGGGGAGUUUAUAAAAUCUUUCAAAUGUCUGAGGUUUUGAAUGAAAGUUUUGAGUUCGUGUCGCAUGGACUUACUGAGUUAAAAGCUCGUACUCUAUCCGACCAAAAAAACUCUCAAAAUUUACUACUCGCGACUCUGUGACUCCGCCCCCGCGUAGUCGUGUUCAGAAUUUAGGAUUAAGAAUAUGUCACCCUACUUUUACACGAACACGUGCACAGAUGUAUUCUCAAACAUGCUUCUGUAAUAAACCUUUGUGUCAGAUUUGGCGCCCCCUGUGGACAAAGAAGUCUUUGUUUAGCUUGUCAUUUACAUAUUUCAGCUGAUUUUUGACAGUCAGAUGUUUCAUUUAUUUUGAGUAUUUUUGUGAGAAAUGUAAAAACGGUGCUGUAUUUUCACACAACAGCUUCAGGCGUUCAAAAUUACAAAAUGUAAAUUGUCAAUCUUAACAUGGAUGGUCUUGUUUGCUAUUGUAUGCCAUAAAAGUCACUGGUUGGAAUUUCAGUCUUUUGUAUUCACAUCAAAAAACUCCUCACAGCAGCUUUAAUUUCCCCUUAAACCUCCUGCUGUUCCCAGAGUGACAUUUUUCAGAUUAAUCAGAAAUGAUUUCGCCCUCCUUGGUCAUUUAUCUUCUCAUUGCAGAUUUAAAGAAAAUAGUGUAAAUUAGCGAAUGUCAGCCUGGUCGUAUUCUUCUCGGACUGAGAGUGUGUGCAUUGUAGCUGAUACCAUUUAAAUGCAUGAAGAUUAUUUGUCUCCUUUUGUGUCUGUAGAGGCGAAUAUAAAAAAAGUAGCUAUCUGCCAUUCACAGAAUUUUAUCAUCAACGAACCAUCCCCACAUUAAGAUUUAGACGGACAUAGACAAGAGCGUUGCCAAGAGAGUUGGCAGCGUCUCCUGCGCGCCUUACUGGCCCGCUUCAUAAUAUGUUGGACAGCUUUAGCGGCGCCCACAAUGGAGAGACUUCCUUAUGGCACGAAACUAGAAGAUAGCACAGUUCAUCCCGCUUAAGAGUUUCUUGGAAGGAAAGGAAGCGAGAUGAAAAUGGAAGUGCCAUCGUGUUGAUGCUCUUCAGUGGAGGGAGAGAAGAAAAAAUACACAGAGGGACGUCAAGAGGAGGCAGAGGGACAAGUGGGAAGAGGCUCUCUGUGACAGAAGGCAGCUUGAUUUAUGUAAAAUGUGGCCCUGGCAAAUGCUUCUUUAUUAUACAACUGCAAUUCAUCUUGAUCUCGUUCAUCUAGUCACUCUUUUAUUAAGAUAACCACAUCGAAUUUGUCAGUGAUUAAUUGGUUUUUAAGUAUGAAAUCUUUAUCUUUGAGGAAACAUAGAAACUUUGAUUAGAUCAGAUUAAAUUAGAUUUUCUUUUCUUUAUCUCUCAGUGGGGAAAUUAAAUUGUGAACAGCAGCGGCACACACAACAUACACAUUCAUACUGGGUACAAAAAAAACAAAUAAAUAGAUAAAAAAAGAAAGAGCAGGGCAAAAACAGGUAUUGAAGCGUCUCUUUUUGUCUUAUUUACACGUUUCUCCCCCGUUUCUAUCUCCAUUUGUCUUUUUUUCUCUCCAUCCUUUCUUCUCAGGUGGGUGUAUCAGAGCUUGGCGCCCCCUGGGGGAGUCUGGUGGUGCUGCUCCAACGGUUGGCUGCAACUUUAGCCACCAGCAGCAACCACAACAGCAUGGAGCUAGCUCUGUUAGCCGUGCGAAACCACGUGAACGACGCCAUACUGCACGCUCAGCUGCACGGGCCGCGCAUCACAGCUACGGUAGGCAGAGAGGAUUAUGGGAAGACACACACACAUACACAUACAUAUGAAGUGUUACACUAUCUGUAUCCACCACACUAGUUCAAGAUGUUUAUGCAAGGCCUCUCUGAUGGUUGUUUCCCUACAAAGCGCCUCUGUAAAAGAGAAUAAAAGCGAAGAGACAGCUAAACCGUCCGUACUCAUAUGCUGAAAUAAUAAAGUCAUUUAAAUUUUGGACACAGAGAGAGGAAGGGCCGUGGGUUUUCUUUCAGCCUGGCACUUGGAUCCUCCUCACAAAAAGCCUUGUACCUAGAUGGGCUAAAAACAGCCUCAUUCUUCAGGGAAUCUGGGGUUCCCCUCAGUCUCUGUCUGUGUGUGUGUGUGCGUUUGUGUGCGAGUGUGUAUGCGAGUGUGAAUACAGAUCCAGUGCCAGACAAAGACUGUGGUUGGCGGGACAACGGAUACCCAGAAUGCAGCUUGGUUCUGAGUGAUGAGAAAGUUUCUGUGGCUAAUCUCUGGACAAACAGACGACACACAAACGCAUGCAUGCAUGCACACACUGUUGGAGGAAGGAAUAGAGUAGCCAUCCAACUUUGGGAGAACAUUGUGGACUUAGUAGAGUAGAUUCCUGAGAGGUAAACAAACACACACAAGCAUGAUUGCACCGCUAAUUGUAGCUAAUAAGAAAAUACCACUUCAUGGGAUAUUUGAUGAAGCUUCUUAUUCAUUAGACACAUCAUUAAAGGCUAACCGCUAAUCCCUCGGUGGUGUUUGUGUGCUGUGGGCAGCAUUCAAAGUUAAUAGACGAUUGCAACAUAAAUUUUAAGACAGCGGUAUUUUCUGCAAACACAUCUACUGAUGGGAAAACUGGUUUUAACAACCCCUUUGUGUGUCACGCUCCACAAAACCGGAUGUGGAGGUAGUCGCCGGGUUGUUGAGUUUUACAGCAAGAGAAAAGAAACAGUCGUGAAUUUUCAGGCUGUACACAACGCUGGGAGUCCCCUCUGACAAUGUGGAGCUUGGAUUUUAUGGUGAACCAUACAGUAUAUUGCACACUGUUAUAAAAAACUCUAUAUGACACGUAUGGAGUUAGUUUAAAGAUUGCUCUUGAAGGUUAUUGCCGACUUGGCCCUCAGACUAAGAGUGUAGCUGACCCCAAACUACUGAAAUUUCAGGGAAGACUAUAAGGCUGACCUAAAAAAGACAAAAAAAUUGAACUUUUGGGUGUGUUAAAUAAAAAAAUAUGCAGGACUGACUACGUUCAGUUAAAGAGUUUGAAGUCUUAUGAGGAACUACUGAGAAACAUCAACACAUUAUUCCCCCAAAAUGUGAAUUUUUCUCCAAUAGUUUCAUUUCUUAAUGUGUGCCAUGAUUCAGCACAGACCCCAAAACUUUACUAUGUCUUUAUUAAUUGACAUCUGGCUUUCUCAUGUGUCCUGUAAAGCCUGAGAAACAGGUAACCAAUUUUUUCAGGCGGUUAAAACACCUCUAAGAUGAGAGAAAGAGCUAAAUGCACUUUAAAAAUACUGUGCUAUCCUGAAUAAUGGUGAAAAUGUUAUCUUAGAGAGGACCAGAUUAUUUUUGUGACAAACACAACCAGGGGCCACCACUUCUAGCUGUGUUUAUGACAUGACUAAAUAUCUACGUAUUGGGACCUGUGGUGUGAUGGUAUGCAACGGCCCUCCAAAAUGUCUUGUUCUUUUUGGCACGGUGGAUACUCUAAGUAGAUCAGAGUGGAGGGAAAGGGAACUACCGAGACCAUCAUUCCAUGUGGGCCUGUCAAUCUUCGUGCUCUGCUCACUGUCUCAGGUACAGAGGUGGACAGUGACAAAUCAAAAAGUGAGGGAGAGGAAACCGAGUUCAUGUCAAGAAAGGAGAAAAGGUGACGGGGGAAAAAUAUAUAUAAAAUAUUACUUCUCCCGUCCUGAGAAGGGCCUGGCUCCACAUUUUACGGCUCAAAAAUCAUUGCCGUUUCUAAGGGUGUCUCAGACAUUACCCCUCGUAUCGAGCCUUUUUAAACCAAAUCACUGUCACACAAACACAUUAAUUAUUUUAACUUUCUGAUUCAUCUUUCAUUCCCAGCCAAGAAGUAUUAAACCACCUAAAAAAAAGAAAGGUCAUCGACUGAAGUUUGCGAGAAUUUUUUAACGUGUAAAGAGGUCAAAAGUUUGGCUAAAUAAAUAUCUCUUGACUGUCUUUAGCUAGGUUGAAAAUGGCCGUCAAUUUUCUCAGGCUGCCACCGUUGCUUCUCUCGAAGCAGCUGCGGUUGGCCCGCCCAAACUUUGUAGAAAGUCCAGGUUGAUGUGUUGAAAUCGGCAGAUAAAAGCUGGUUAGCUAACCCCACAAACUCAUGAAAUGAUGUGUUCAAGGUCUGAUCAGUAAUUUAAAUUUUAUGCUUGGAAUUAAAAUCUGUCAAACUUCGCCUUCACUAUGAAAAGUCUUCAUUUGUCUUUUUGAAGGAUCUAUAGAUAUCCUACCAUGGCCUUCUUAUCGGGAACGAACAUGAGUUUAAUCGUGAGAUUUUCUGUCAUUGCAUCCCUGAGCACCACCCUUCAAACUGUCUCUCCUUCAGGUGGAGAAGGUGUGUGGAUCCCAGGCAGCUGCUCCCAUGAUGCCAAGCGCAAAUCCCACCACCUCACAUCAUCAUUUCACAUCAACCUCUGUGAGCCCUCCGACAUCAGUGACAUCAGGAAGGUCACAUGACACAUCGACUCCCUCACUGAGACCAUCUGCUCAGCGGCGUCUUCAGCUGCAGUCCAGGAGGUGAGUGACACAAACACCUGAAGAAAGUUUGAGUUCUUGAGGUGUUUGGUUAAAUCCGGUGAAGGAGGGGAGAAGAAAACCAGAAGAAAAUCUGAUGUUUUCUCAUGUCUUAACAUUUGUUCCCCAGGUCGUUUGCCCUGAAAGGUUCCAAGGGAGACAAGAGCCGCAGCCUGAAACGACUGUCCAGGUAAAUCCUGCUGCAUCAGCUGCACUGACAGGGAUAAAUUAUUAUUAUGAAGUUGUUCUACAUGAUUGGAAAUUAAAAUAACAGAUAUCGGAUCUCCUCAUGUCAACACAUCGUUCUAACUAAAAGCCAUUUAAGCCACGUUUGUUAGUUUACUGGUCUUGAAUAGGACAAAAUCAAAAAUGCACAGAAUUUGGAUGAAUGUUGGAGUUAAAGAUAAAGACUUAAUUCAACGUUUUUAGUUUAGUAUUCUGCUUUUUUCUAGACAUCCAUUUCUCCUUUUGUGCCAACACAGACAUCUUCUUUUAACCUGAAUUUAAGCCUGUAAAGUCAGUGAGGAUUCCUGCAUUUCAAAGUGAUUACAAGAUACCAAAAAUCCAAUGAAUCCACUUGAAAAUAUGGAACAAAACAUUAAUGGCAAUAGCCAAAACAUGCGCACUCCAAGAUCCAGAAGUCUUAGAUAACCAAGUAAAAUUGUCCCGGAAAAAUGAGAGUGUUGAGAGAGUUUUUCAUAAAUAAUUUCAAGUGUUCAAGGGAGACUUUUUUUAAUUCAGAGUUUAAUUUUUUAGUUUACAUAUCCAAAUGUAAUAAUCGAGGGAAUUUGUCUUGCUCUUUGUUGUCCUACAGCGUGAACGUGGGUGGUAUUGCCUCCAUGAAGCUGAAGUAGUUUUUAUUUAAAAACAAACCACAGAUGGUUUCUUUUCUAGGACGUAGGAAAAAGAUGCUAAAUUACAUAACACUACCCACUGUUGUCAUUCAAUUCCAUCUUGAUUACAGAGACACUGAUAGUCAGUGGAGCUGAUAAUAGGCCAAGUAUUUGACUAAUAGAUUUAUGCACCGCUCUGUUCAGAUAAUUCUUAUUGAUUUAUUAGUCAAUACUUCUUAAAGACCCAUUCCGAUGAAAAUCAUGUUUUUCUUGUUGUCUACAUGUUCAUAUGUUUUUUUUUCUGAUGCAACAGGACAUAUCGUGAGAAAAUUAAGUGCAUUUCUGAGUAUUUCUGCAUUCAAAUAGCUGGCUCAGAUUUAAUGAGAUUUCCUACAUAGCAAAUCCAAGCUCCACCCCUGAAGCCUCACUAUGCAGGCCGCACUCGGAAAAGUAGAGAGGAUGAUCGCAGAACAAGUGUGUAAGGGACCAAGCAAUCAGGCAAAAAACAGAAAUCAAGAGGUCAACUCAACAUAAAAAAGAACUAAAGUUACACCUUAACAGACAUGAUCAAACAGACCCACCCAGUGAUUCAUGUCAGGGGUUUAAUAGACAAAAGGACUAGUCCAACAUAAACACAAGGGGGAAACCAAGGUGACUUCAAACUAAACAUCCAACAAGCUCAGACAAAAACCAUCAAAUUAUUCGAAACAACUUUUUACAGAAAAAACUAAAUACUCUAUUCUGACUGAAAGAGUAAAGACAAAAGUUUUAUAAAGAAUCUAAAGUCCAAGCUCCUCCUUGCUUCCCCCUUGAUGGUCUGUCCCACUUCCUGUGGGUGGGGCUUAAGAGGCCAUCUUGGAGCUGCAGACAGACUUUUGCCAGGUGAGCUCAAACAAAGACAAACAAAAAGGUAAGUAUUACUUUGAAAUUAAAAAAACUCAAAAUUAAAUCAUCAUGUAGAAAAUUAAACCACUUGACAGUUUGUUAACCAAAUUGUGUGCACCCAAACUAGAAAACAACUUCCAUAAAUGCAAUAAAAGUGAAUUUAUUUCAUCAAAAAAGUGUGUAAUAAGAUUUUUCUAAACCGAAACAAAUUUACUGAGUUAAAACCUAAAGACAAAGAAAUACUAACACAAGGUGGUGGUUGAGGCCACUACAAAGCGUGUGUGUUAUCGGACUGCAAUGCUUGUAAGAAAGCUAAUUAUGAUAUUAACUUUCAUCAUGCUGAAUAGCUCCUAUGUUACCUGCCACCACUACUGAACUGACAAUGUUAGGCUGCAAACUAGCGUGAAGAGGAGUGUGCAGAGCAGCGCUGUCUCUUCCUACGGCUCAGAGGUGAAUUGCUAAUGAGCUACAGGAGCUCUGCAUAGGAAAAGCUCUAAAAAAUGACACAGGUAAUGUGAUUUUGGUAAAAAAAUUAAUAAUCACAAUUUAAAGACAACUGAGAACACUUUUAAGUAUAAAAAAAUAAAAUAAAAAAAAUGAUCGGAGUAGGACUUAAAAGAUUAAGGCAUCCUUCCUGAAGUUGAGGCUUUUAAAAAAACACAAUCUAUGAUCAGAAAUCUGAGAUAAUAACCUGAGUAUAAGUCACUAAAAAUGUUCUGGGACCUUUUCCCUUGUCCUUGUCACUUUAAGACUUCACAGGAGUCCAUCAGAGGGAGUUUCAGAGGGAAUUGAAACUGACGAGCCUAAAUUGGAACAAACACAAACAUAUGGUCCACCGUUUUUGCUCGAACUAACAACAACUGGAGCGUUCAAGUGUGCACUCACAGCUCUCUCUCUCUCUCUUUCAGGGAGUUCGAGGGCUCAAUCCAGCGCUACCAGUGGUUUUUCUCCGAGCUGCCAGAGAUGCUCUGCGAGAGCGAGAUGGAGGUUGAGCAGCACACAUGCUGGAGCGGCCAGGACGUUGUCGAAAGGUGUGUGUGAGUUACAUUACAUACUCAUUUUUAGCCACCACCAAGCAUGUGGACCAGUUUCUCUGACAUAGUCUGGUGUCUCCUCAAAUGCUGGGACUUGUUUGCUUUGGCCAGUGCAUAAUUAAUUUUCACUUGGCAAAGCUGUAAUCCAACAUCCCUAGAAGCUACAAUAUUCAAAUUCAUGACUUUUCUUUCAACCCAGUAUCAAGGUCAUGUAAAACAAAUCUAGUUAAUUCAAGGUAAGCCUGUUUUCAAUCUGAAAUCUCCUGUAGUAAUGAAAGUUAGCUUUCCAAUAACACUACUCACACAUCGUACUCAUUUUAAAUGUUGUAUUUUGCUGUUUUCCAUGUUUAAGAAAUCAAAAAAUAAUGAUAAGACAACAGUUAAUAUUAGCGUUCAGCCAUGUUAGGUUAGAAAUGAGUAAAUAGGGUGGGGGAAGACAGGGUUGUGAAGGUCAGAGAGUUCGUUUCCAGAGUCUUUCUCAUGGUGAUUAUCUUGGCAGCUCAAACUGGUGGCAAGACUGAUGGGCACUCACACAUACACACAUUCACAGGCGCACACACAGUCCCACACACGUACCAGCUAUCUGUCUCAGUGGGGAAUUGCUGUGAUGGGGACGGUUUUCCGUUAACGGUCCAUCAACCACAUGAAACAGGUCAUGUAGCCUCACAAGGACGUCCUACACAAACACAAACAAACACACACACACACACACUGUGCUUAGUCAUCAUCAGUGCUGCACUCGAGGCCUGCAGACUUUUUCACUCUGAUAAAUGUUUGGAUAAAUGUUGACGUCCUGCAGCUCAUUUCAUCUUGAAAAGGAACUGGAAAUAGUUGGAGACUUGGAGAGAAAGUUUGUCAUGGAGUCAGAAACACAGAGUGAACUUUGAGGAGUGAGGUGUGAUUGUUAUUUAAAAUUUACUCCUUACAGGUCAAAAACUAUUUGCUGUAUAAUGAAAGUCUUUAUUAAAUGCUUUUUUUCUUUUUUUUAAAUUUAAUUUAGGACAAUCUGAAGUUUAGCGAACAUUUUGACUCAUGCCUCUUUAUUGACAACUAAAGCAGAAGAGUGACAGCAGUACCAUAUUGUUGAUUUUAAUGCUCGAAGCAGCUCCAUUAGGGUAGUUAAAAGUAACAGCAUAUUAAAGAAACAGAUUUUAUUUACGUUUUUCACAGCAAAGAUUCACCAUGAAAAAAAUUGAUGUCAGAAGAUGCUGCCUUUGCAUGGCCAGUACGCAGUCUUCGUACGCCUAUAGGCUGUAUCAAGUGUCAAUCAAAGAAAACAUGAAACCCCCUAAUAAAUUUUAAAAAUGGAGCUGCACAGAAAAAAGAGGACUUAAGUACAAACCAGUCUUACAGUAACUACAUGUCAACAUCACAAGCAGAGGGAGAGAAAAAUUAAUAUUCUAUGUGAUAAAUUUCUAAAGUUUGUCCCCCGACUACAUAAGGAUUGCCGGAGGAGGCGGGAUUAAUGACCUAUACUGCAGCCUGUCACCAGAGGGUGCUGUUCUGUCUGUCCCUGUCUGUAGUUGUACACAAUAAAGCCUUAUUUGUACUCGGACAAACUUCCUGAGAACUUUAUGCUAUUAUUCUGCAGAACUGUAUGUGGAAACAAAAACACUUUUUUGGAGUUUUUAUACCAAAUGUACCUUCAUAUUUUACUACCAGUCUCUGUGUGUAAUUCUGGAGUGAAGUCAGCUUGAGAAGGCUUUUAGUAAGGCCUAAUUUAUAUAGUUUAUUUUUACUCAAACAGGGUUAAGUGCAUUAUUAGAACAAAGAAAAAAUGUUUUAAUACUUUGAUAAGACACUUACCUAAGAUUUCAGCAGCAGCGUAUUUUAAUACAUUAAUAUCACUUAUAAAUCGAUGCCCCUAGUAUGGAGUAGCUUUAUAUCACUUCACUACUUUCACCUCUCUCAUUGUCAUUGCAAAAUAUUCUCUAUUAACAUAUUCUCAUAUUUAAAUAAUGGCUUAAGUGGGCAUAGGUAUCCAGGAUUAGAAAAACUAAAUUCAAAAUGAAGUAAUACAUCAAUCCUGAGAGCAAGUCAAGAAGCAGAAACAACAUUUAUCUGAUCUUAAUCUGUAGAUUUUAUCUGCUGUUAGCCUCAUAUUAUUGUCAUAUUUUUGCAAAUAUUAACAAAUUACCUGCACUGAUCUGUCUUUCUUUGACCUUCUCUUGACACAAAUGAAUUAUCAAUAAUAAAAUGUCACAGGAAAGCUUUGCAGAAAAUCUGAAUGUUACAUCUUUAAAAUGAUUUGAGUAUCGGUGUCUGUGAUCAGGCAGGAAGAGGAGUUUUUUCAACAUAAACUAGACUGCAAGUCAAGUAUUCACAGGAGCUGCAAAAGUUAAUCAAAUAAAGUCGACCUAACAACUGAUCUCCUAGUGCUUGCGUAAUCGUUUUUCACUAAUCUUUUCAUCCGAUUUUCAGAGUUUCCAGCCUUUCUGAAGUGAAACGUUGCUGAUUUUUUUUGUCAUUUAUGGAAUUAAGAGUCUUCAGAGUUUUUGACAUUUGGCUGGUGAAAAGGAGCGAUGUGAGGAAGUCACUUUGGGCUCUCAUAAAUCCCCGAGAGCUUCUCUUUUAGACACUUUCUAGACUGAAGAAUUGAUCCUCUGAUUUAUCCUCUGACUGUCAUUAUCUGUGGAGUUUACUUUGGGCUAAAGUUUUACACAAGAGUCGUUACACUCAGCCCCGUGUUGGAUUUCAGCCAGUCUGUGCCUCUCUGACCCCUUUACAUCUUCUUCUCUCUUGCAUCUAUCCAUCCACCCACCCAUUCAUUAAUCCAGCCAUCCAUUCAUCUCUCCAUCCUUCUAUUCAGACCUCCAUUCAUCUCCUCCGCCCUCUGACCCACUUCACUUACAAAUGUCUGUGUUGGUGAGAGUGUGUGAGAAAAAGAGAGAUGGGCAGCAAGACAUAAAUACCUAAGUGCAUCUUAAAUAGACGCCUCAAGGGUUUUUAUUUAUUCUCAGAGUGCGCUUGAAACUAUCCAAGAAAAAAUAAUUGUCUGCUUAAAAACUAAAGAAACUUUUAAUUUGAGGUUUUAAAGUAAUAAGCGCUUAAAAACAGUCUAUUUGUGCUGCUUUCUAUUAAUUAACUUCGACUAAUAAUACAGUUUACAACUAUCAUCAUUCUGAACAACAGAGUGUUCAGUCUCAGGAUCCGUCACGAAACAGUAACUCUGAAAAACUCGGAACUGUUUAGAGACCCAAAGUAAACACUGCUUUUAGCUGCCAACUCAAAGCGAAGGCCUCAGGUCGGAUAUUAACUGAAGCGAGGGAGGACCCAGUUGGCAGGAGCCUGUCCUCCAAUCAGUCCUGACCAAUCCGCCAUGUCCACCUACACUCACAUGAAGCACACAGAGAGCAGAGCGGAGCACUGAGGGGGAUGAGAGUGGGACUCAAAGUCAAACUGUUAUUUGCAUAGAUCUUCAAAAUAAAACUAAAUGUGGUGCAAACAGUUCUUCACAGAUUCAUUCACUGUUUUUAGAAUUUGCAGUGUCAAUAAAAUCCUUUUUGACUACAGGAUCCCCUCCUUCCAAAUGUGUAUAUUUUUAAUUCUAUCAUCAACCAAGAAUAAAUACAAUGGAAAUAUUCUUUUAUUUUUUUACAGUAAAUAGCCCAAAAAUAUCCAGUCACCUGCAUUUAGGACGAUUUCCACUAAAAACAGCCUCCUACAUAGGUGAAAAGAGCUCCUAUAUAAGGUUUAUGCUUUCAUAAUAUGAGAUUAUUUAAAGUUUGUGUAGAUUUUUACCACUACUUUUGUUUUGUUGUUGUUUUGUGAAAAUAUAAACUUUUUUUCUUACGAAACACAAUGUUUUAAACAGCUUAAUCUGUUUAUCUUCAAGCAAAUAAGCGAAUUUUCAUUCUCGAUUCUUGUGACGGGCUGUUAAUCAGAUUUUGUAUUUCAUAUAAGUGUCACGUUCAGGGAAAGGACCCAAAAUGAAAAACAAAUGAAGGAUUUAUUUAAAAAGAACGAAAUAAAAAAAAGCAACAAAAAGAGAAAAAUCCAAAAGGGCAAAAUCCACAAAAAAAUCACAGGGAGCAACUGGGGACACAGGCGUUCACACACCGACAAACAUACAAUGAACCAACCAGGACAGAGGAGAAGACAGGGACUAUAUACACACUGAGAAACGAGCAACAGGUGAGGCAAACGAGACACAGGUGAGACUCGUUAGUGAUCAACGAAGGAGGAAAAACUAGGGAAGUAAAACCAGACCAGAAACACAAGGAAUUAACAACUACAAAAUAAAACUGGAAACACUGAAAACUGAUCUGAAGAAUAAAACACAGAGAACAUGAGGGAAACACGGUCAAACACAAACUGAAAACUCACAAGACUGGACUACAGAGGAACAGAAAUACUAGGGAACAGAAACACUGGGAAAAUCAUCAAGAAAAUACACUCAAAUAACAAAGCCAGAGUUGUUAUGAUGUAUGUGAGGAUUGCCUUGUUAGUUUACCAAGCAGCUUUGAGUUACUUUGAACAAUCUCAGUAGGUGUAGUCAGUCUCUGGGACUAGAACUUUGGGGGCCACAGGCUGGAAAGUUCAGGAACCCCUUCUCUAGAGUAUGGGCUUCAGUGCAUUUCAUAUAUGAAUCGAAGUCCAGACAGACCACAGGACACUAGAAUUCAUACAAAAGCAUGAAUAGAGUUUGUGAUUCUCUUGGAUGUCAUGAAAGAAAAACUUGGGUAAUUGUGAGUAAUUAUUCAGAUUGGAUCUAAACGUUAUGGUUCUUACAUUUAUUUGUACUCGACUGUUCACAGACGUUUAAAUCUGCAAUAGCUGACUUUCUCCAAUAGAGGGCAGCAUCUAAUCAUUUUCAAGUAACGAGACAAUAGACGCACUUCCACCACAGAGGACCUGCCACACCCGAUGUUUUGAUGUAUUUUGUAAUGUAUUCAUCCCUGUUUAAAUCAUCCACUUCUGCUGACAUUUCCAAAAGAGGUGAGGAAAGAAUCUGAAGAAUAGAGAGCCUGAGACUUUUAAAGUGCGGUUAACUCGAACCCAUCCAAACCACAGCAUAUCACUUCCAAAUCUGGAGCAAGGGAAACGGGUAUGAGCCCCAGGUGUCAGUAUAAUGUCCUAUUGUGUGAGUGUGUUAUGGAGCUAUGUAAAUGACUCCACAGGAAUGCAGCUAGAUUUACAAUUGAGGUUGUGACUCUUAUAAUUACACACCUCCCUCAGAUCAGAUCACUAUCUCAGGUAAUUUCAUUUUUACUGGGUGCUUUAUGUGUAUGUGUGUGUGUGUGGGUGCAACCUCAGAUGCAUUUAACCAUUCGCUGCAGGGAUGAGACAGAAGAAUAGGUCCCUGUGUGUGUUACUGUUAACAACCAUGCUGUAACCGAGGGCAACAGCAGAGCAGCUUUGCCAUUAUGGCGCUGCUGGUGAUUUAUGUGUGUCGCUCUCCAGAUCUUAUUAAGUGUCACUCACAGUCACACCUCUUUGUGUCGUCUGAAGCACACACACUCUUCUGCACUGUUAUCAUCCGUGUCUCUCAAACAGACAGAGAUACCUACAUACACACACACACACACACACACACACACACACACACACACACACACACACUUUGUUAUCUGACCAAUAGCUCAUUCACUGUGCUGACAGUUUGUAAUGCAGCCAGCAGGACAGCAGAUAUUGGACUUGAAGGAUGUUUCAGGUGUCAAGAUGGUGUUGAUACCUUUUCUCCUUUUAAAUACAAAGUAAAAUGUGUCAUUUCCUGGUAACAGAAAAAAAUCAGACCUUCUAACAUGAAGCUGUCAUUUCAAAAUAAAAGCCUGUAUGUCAGGAGAAUAGAAGGGGUGACCUGGUCGAUCACAAGAUCAGAGUUGUAAUUACAGUUUGUAUAUUAUUGCUGUUUUGCUGUUUGGUCUUCCACUGUGGCUUUCACAUACCGUUAAACCAGGGUUCCUGCUGCGUCUUAAAAAGUCUGAAAACAUCUUAAGUCCAACCAUUUGAAUGUAAGACCUUAAAAUGUCUAAAAUCCUCUUAAAACCUCAUAAAAUGUCUUAAAUACAAAUUUGAAAGGUCUUAAAUUAUUGAGAGCAAUUCGGCUUCAGAUCUGUAUAAUGAUGGAAGGCGGAGCCACGUUGUCCAUAGUAGAUACAGUCUGUUGCAAAGAUGCAUGAAAACAGACUUGAAAAUCAACACAAGAUGGUAGAGGCUGAGUGUGAGGCUACAUGCUGUUCAUCCUUACCUGAUGGAAAAUCAAACAAACCAAUCCCAGUUAUUUCCCAUACAGAAAUCAUUAAAAGUACUGUAAGUGAGCGUAUGAGCUUCACUACAUUUCUUGCCUCAGUCUUCUUAAAUUUGUUCAUUUGAAUUUAUCUGAAUAGAACUAAAAAGCAGCUGAAUUAAAAUAAUGAAGCACCUACCUCUCACCUCCUGCUUCAAUAAAUCUGACGGCUGUGAGAUAGGAAAGUGCGAAUAAUGUCUGCUCACCUUUGAACAGACGUGUUGAGUUACAGCUGGCAGGGUGUUGUAUUCUUACUGUGCGUCACCUUUUAACCUUUUCACCGGUUUUACUAUGCGUGAGCCCCCCAGGCUAUGAAUAUAACAGCACAGAUCCUUCCUUCUUUCUCAGCUGCAGAAAUCACUACAGAGUAUAGCCCGGUAAUUAUCGAUCCUUCUGUUGCACCUUUUCCAGUCAUGGAGAUUGUCCCGAGAUUAUGCUGGAGUGACCAUGAAGAAACUGUCCAAUUCCCAAGUUGUCCAACUUGUCACUUAUCCAGAAAUUGAAAUCAAUAAUCGCUGAAGGCGUUGCUUACAGAGCAGUUCCAAUCAGUCUGCUUUGUACGGAAGCAUAUUGCAUUGACUUUUUUUUUCUUUGCUGUUUUUUGGGCGAUUUUUCUUCUUCUUUCUGUAUUUCUGACAAUUUUUUUUCUUCUGUUUUUUUUUUCUUCUUUUUUUGUACUAAUAUUUUUCCCCCUCUUUUUGUUUUUCUGACAAAUUUUGAUUCGGUCUUUCACUUUUUUUUGUCUCUCUCUGUUUUUCUGACUAUUAUUUUUCUUCUUUCUGUGUUUCUGACAAUUUUUUUCUUGUUUUUUUUUUUUUGUACUAAUAUUUAUUUUUGUUUUUCUCACAAAUUUUGAUUCAGUUUUUCGCAUUUUUUUUUUUUGUCUUUCUGUUUUUCUGACUAUUUUUUCCCUCCUAACUAGGCUAGAUACUUCAAAAUGCUGCAAGAAUCUCAUACAAUAGGAUAGUGUUAGUCACCGUGGCUGCUCCAAAUCAGCUGAUUCUCCAGCUCUUGGAUAACUUCGACUAAGGGGUCAAUGAUGGCAAAGCAUGUUACAAGUUAAACAUAGGGUAUGUAAAUCCUGAGGUGCUUGCGCAAAGUGGACAAACUUAUGAUGAUUCCAUAUCUGACUUAAAGUAAGGAGUAUCUCCCAGUGUCUCAAAACUUGAUUAAACUGAACAAGUGGGCCAUGUUUGCUUCCAAUAAAUCGAACAGAGGGGGAUGAAAAUGUCUGUUUUUAAAUGGUCAUGAUCUCAGAGGAAAACAGUUAGUCUGAAAAAAAAAGUCUGAAAAAGAAAAAAGAAAAAAAGUUAUUCUGAAAAACAGUUUUUUUUAACUUCCGUAGCUCUGAGAGUAAACUCUUGUUUCAUAUUUUAAUUCAAAUGAUAAAGACAAUAUGAAUAUUUAUGAAUAGAUUUAUUAAACUAAUGCUUUCAGUCUGUGACUAUGAAAAAUGUACCUUUGUAGUGUGGCUGUGUUUUUCCUCCCACUCUCUAAUAAUGUGAAUGUAAUCCACACACGUACUGCUGCCUCCACCUUUAGCCCCAACAGACUCAGUUUACAAUUAAACAGUCAGAUUCAUCGCCGGAGAUAAUUACGAUUCUCACCGCUGCAUUUUUCAUGAUUAGGUCGAUUUGUCUCUCUUUACUUACAGAGACAAUAAUCAUUAUACGUGUUUUAUUAAACAAAUGUCCUGUCUCAAAAUUACUCUGCUGUAUCGUCCGUGAAUUAGCUUUUGUGUUUGUGUUCAUGAUUUGCAUUCGUUGUUUGGAUCUGUGUGUGUUACUGUUAACAGUAAAAGGCAGCUCUUCUCAGCCAAUCUGGAACAAACAAAGGUCAAAUCGAUCGCCUGUCACUCUAAACUUUGCUGUUAAUAAUGGAAACGCACAACUCCAGCUCAGAGGGAAUGUGAAUAGACCAGAAUAUUUGCGAGGUGUUGACACUCUGGUGUGUGGAGCCAAUUCAUUAGAUUUGUGGUGUUACCCUGAUCCUCCAAAUCUUUGCUGCAGUCUGAGGAAUCUUGGGAUUUCCCCCUGGGGCGCUCUUGUGGUUUUUUAUUGGGCUUUUUUUCAUCUUUUCCUCCUCACCCUUUUCCCUCACUGACAUUUUCUCAUCUUUUUUCCUCUCGUUCAGAUCUCUCUUCUGCUUUUUAUUGUAUCAAUCAAUUAAGCGGAGCAGCAGAACCUUUUCUACUCUGUCUUAAUGCAUGUACAAAGUUCAAUAUCCUGCUUUAUAUCGGAUUCUUACUCAGUCUGAUACGCAUUAGUCAAUGCAUGUAGCAACAUAUCCUGUUCUCAUUAUCUAUACCGGCUCAUCUGAGUCGAUAUGUGAUGCACUUUCCAAUCUUUUGCUGCUCACUGGUGCAUCACAGUUGAUCGUGUUUGAAAUAAUCCAUGCAUAAGUUAUGACAGAGAAAGAGAUCAAAUAAUGUGGUCGAUGUCUUGAAGUCAGCGGGUGAGUCAGCUGGGUCUGAACUGAGCGAGGGCUUUCUGUGUACAUACAAACGGCUUUGUAUUUCUUUGUUCAGCUUGGGUAACUUUCUUCAGAGACACGCAAAGACAAAUAUAUGUAUGAAAAUGUGAAAACCUCCCUGCAGUUAACAAAUUAACUUUCCAAUAUACAACGUUAUUUUAAGAGCCACACUCAUGUCAGAUUCUUUCACCGUAGUUACAUGUGUAGAUGGUUUUAAUGUAGCCCAUUGCACAUGGGUGAAUUAAUCCAAAGUCAAGUAGAAGUCGAAUAGAAAGUCCCUUCAAAUAAAACAGUUUGCUUAUUAAAAACCUCCACAUAAGACUGGAACAGUGUUGUUUAACAUCUUUGAAAUUAGCCAAAUAAGGCUCUAAGUUUGUGUCUUCUAUACUGGAUCAUGUUACCAAUGCAAAAAACAAACAUAAAGAGUUCAAUGGAGUAUUUAUCUAUUCAAAAAAUACUAUUAUGCUCAGUGAAUAGGUAAUCAUGGUAAUGACCAGAGUUAGACUGAACCCCAAAGCACCAGCUACAGAUAAGACUUAUAAAUAUUGACACCCAAUGUUGGUUUAUAGACAAUUUUAUAGUUUUACAAGUGAUUCACUAACAGAUAUGGUUGAUAGUAUGACCCUCCUUCCUGCAGCAUGAACUAACAUGGUUACAUUAGACAAUAUGCACAGGUCUUCUGGAAGAGUACAGGUGUUGACAGCUUUUAGAUCUCUCUCUCUUAUUCUCUAAUUCUGUCUAACUUUGUGUUCUUGUCUCUCAACAGUUUUCUCUACCUCUCUUUGUUUAUCUUUUUCUGUUACUACAUCUACCUUUUCAUAUUUCUAUCUCUGUACAUUUCUUAAUCUCCAUCUGUAUGUUUACCCAUCUUACACUGGGCGCAAAUAAUCAGAAUAAAUGCCCAGUCGGAAUAUAAAGCGUCAUGUCAACAUGUCGAUUACAAGAUUCUGAUCCAAUUCGGCUCAAUCACAAAGAAAUGGUUUUCCGAUCGAGAGGGGUGGUUUAUGCCGGUCGUUGUUCCGAAACGCGUCAAUGUAAACACUUAUUCCGAUCGUGACUCUCUUACCUGACUUGAUCUUCACUCUUUCGCCUUUGGCCAGGACAGGAGGUUUCAUUAUUAACACUCUGGUGCCGUGUCUGCUCCUCAGGUUACAUAACAGGGCGUACAUACAGCGUAAUGAUGUCACAUCUGCACGCACAGAACAACCUUUGACAGGACAGUAAAAUAAGUAAGCAAGGGCGCCAUCUAGUGACAACAUUUAACAAGGGGGAAAAAUCCUGAAUUUGAUGUAAUGAGCCACUACCGCAUUUGUUGGUUUGUUGACAACACAGGCGUAAACACAACUCUUCUUCUUCUGUGGUUGUUUUAGUGAAAUCAGACAACUCUGCCCUUUUUCCAAAUGUUUCCAAUCUGAAUAAAGCGCGGUGCAUGUAUACGCACGUCAUGAUCGGAUUAUUUGAUUUUGCACCCAUAUUAUCAGUGGAUUCAGAUUAUCCAAUCCCUCAAAUCACGAAAUUUUGCACAUGUAAACAUGGCUGAUGUUUUUGUCUAUCUUUAAAGAUCUCUACCUCUCUCUAUCUCUAUCCAUCAAUCUCUGCCUCUCAGUCCUGAUUACUCUUUAUAUAUACCUUUCUCUCUGUAUGUGUUUUCCUAUCUUUACAUCUACCUCUACUCCUCUUUCUCACUUCCCCCCUUUCUCACACCAUCUCCUCCUAUCUAUCAGCACCGUCAGUGUCAUCUUUUUCUGUCUUCACAUCCACAUUUUCAUUCCCCUAUCACUCUCAAACCUGCAGCAGAUUUUAACAUCUGCACAUAGGACGACCCCUCUAACCGUAAAUCUCGUUAAAAUGUUUGAAUAGUUUUUGCAAAGUAGCUCUGACAGAUUAAUGCGUGUAGUGUCACACUCUCAGUGACCCUCGGCUCUUUUGCUGAAGCCAUUAAGUCUAAUUGUUGACAGCGCAGUUCUCCUUCAGUAAUCCGUUCUGCAUUGGCAGCAGAUACAACAGAAUGCAACUCAUCAUAAAACACAAGAGAGUAAUUAUUUCCCCCAUACUCACUCUGAGUAUGUUGACAGUGUCAGCAGUAUAAUCUUUUUGUUUAUUUACUUUUCACGUUCAUUUUCUCAUGAUGUGUAUCAUUAUUAUAGAGCUGCAGUCUUCAUCAGCUCAUCCUCCUCUUCCUUAAUGAUCUAAUUUUCCCACAAGAAUCUGGAGUCACAUCUCCUCUCAAAUUGAGCGUACAGCUUUUCAUCUGCAAAUGUCAUACCCGACUGGAUGCAUAUCUGAUGUGAAUUUGCUCAAAGCUGGAUUGGAAAGCAUUUCUCACAGAGACAGCUCGUACAUAAGCACUUCUGUGAGACCAGCUAUUAUCGAUCCUCAAUGUCAGGAUUAAUAAAGCCAAAAAGAAGCAGACGGCGUGUGAGCCAGGCCUCCAAGUCAUGAACGAUUUCACUUGAACGAGACCUUGAAUUACCAGGAGGGGAUUUUUUUGAAUUUAUGAAAACAAUCUGUGUGAGAAGACAAAGAUUAGAGACACUUAAUGACAGACUUCAUGUAUCAGACUUAUCUGUUUCCAAACCAGCGGGGUUUAGCACGGCUCCAGACGUUGGGGUCUUCAGCACUAAACCGUCUCCUGGCAUCAGACAAGUCGAUUUUUUUUCAAUUCUGCGACUUCCACCAUGUGUAUUUUCUCCGGUUCCCACAAUCUUGUUGCCAUAACCGGAGAGUGUUUGUGCAGUUCAGGGUGUGGACUGAGCGGUUACCGACUCGACGGCUGAUUGUAUUAGCUCGAAAAGCUGGUUUGGAACUUGAAGACUUGGGGAAAAAUAUGAGUCACGAUCCGCUGUUUCUUCUCCUCUGCUUUUCUCUCGCCUCAUCUCCCGUUUGAUCCACCCACUGCAUCCCCCCGCACUGACAAAAAUGAUGUGAGACUUUAUCGCAGCCAGCCACAAAAAGAAACAUCAUUUUGCAAGAUGAUCAGAGAUCAAACUCGGUGAUGACUUUCGUACUCCAGAUGCAGGCCGCCGUGACCAUUUUUUUUCUCCUAAUUCAAACCAGUCGAGUUUAAUACUUUCUGUGCAUGUGCAGUAAAAAAGUUACUAUCAGUUUGUGAAAAGAAAAGAAAACAUAUCCAGAAAGAGGACCUAGCAACAGAAUAAACAUUUAAAAAACUAUCUGCAGAAGAUACUUGGAGCCUGAAAACAGCAUUAGGGUUUUAGAAUAAACAUCGAUUGGCCUGAAAAUGAACUCGUGGCACAAAAGCCGAACAUCUCAAGUGACUCCUCAGUUUUGAAAUGAACUCUCUCUGUUUCUUUUCUUUCUUUUUUUGCCAAAAGUGAAAGCAUUUCUCAUGUGUAUGUCCGUGUGCAUGCAUUUAUCUGCCCCCUGCACAUGUAGUGAAUCAUACACCCAGGGCUAAAACACCACAGCAGUGUAGGGACUGUGGGGGGAAACUGGGGCAAGACACCAACACACACAUGUACACUCUCAGAUCUGGGACAUAAAGUGCUCUGUGUCAGUGUCUUCUUCUGUCUCUCUUUGUAGUUAUGCAGGUCGAGUGGUUGGCAGCACUUUAAAAGCCCAGAAGGAGAACCCGGAGAUGUCCGUUCGUAAUACAGAUCCUGUCCUGAAGGGGGCCAAACAGAGGCUGGAGCAGCUCACACAGGUAGGCACUCCAGAUCACUCCAAUAAGGAAAAUAAAUGUCUCAGAAUUUCAUAUUCUAAUCAGAUCAGGUUACUCUCUGUGAGAUUUAGAAGUUUAUCUUCAUAGUUUAUUUUUAACACUAAAAGCCAGGCCUAAAUUUGUUAUAAUGAAUAAAUUAGCAGGUCUGUUGUUGCCAUUUCUGCACUGAUGAUCCUUGUUUUCAUGACCCGAGUGUCUUAUUUCAGCACCACAUAACAAUCAGGUCAAGUUGUACAAAUUCAGUACUUCACUUAGACAAAACAGGAAUCAGUCUGGAUUUCUUCACUGUUAAAAUAGAUGGAUUAAAAUAGGCCUUAAAUUAGGUGUUGUUUAAAGUAAAUUCAAUAAAAUGCAGCCAGUAUGCUAAAAUAAUGGACGUAGCAAAACUAACAUGGAGCAAAAAAAGAAACCUUUAGCCUCAAUGGGGCCCUAAGCAAAAUUUGAUUUUGGGGCCCUCUAUUUCUACUAAUAAUAUUGAUUGUUGAUCACUUACACACCUUAACAAAUCUCUUUGAUUAGUAUUCCAUGACAUGCAAACAUGCCUUCAUCUUGGCAUUUUUCUUUUCUUCCUCUUUCUUUCCUCUGCUCUUGAAGGAUACGUCCUUUUUUGCGACAUUGUUUUGCCCCACAACUACCUGCGCUUUGGAUGCUCAGAGCACAUUGCACAGCAGAAGGCACAUAACGGUAGCGGAGCUUUGACAUAUCGGCAUUAAAAAUCAUAACGGUUUCUACUGUCCGAUAUUAUAGCACGCUAAUUUUGUCUGGGCUCCUGGAUGACACGAGGAGCAGCAUCUGCCUCACAACCAAUCAGGAUGGGGGGAGGCGGAGAAUGGCUUUGUUUACAGUCAGAAAGAGCGGGUCACACAGACAUAACAAAACUCUGCAAUAUCGUUAUAUUACCAAUUGUCAUCAAUGAUUAAUAGCUAUUGACUGAUAUUAAAAGCUUUUUUGUUUAUACACCACAAAAAAGAUGCUUCUUUAACAGAUUCCUGCCUACCUCACCUUUAAUGUUACUAAACUGUCUUUUUUUGACAUUGUUUCAGUUUUUAUUUUUUUACAGUAUAUCAGUUUGUGUGUUAAAGGGUGGUAAAAACCUCCAGUUAUACUUUCUCUAUGUGCGCAGCUGAAACUCAACAUACUUUCUCUUUGCUUUUGCAUAUUUUCAAAUAAGGACAAACAAGAUUUAAUGAGUGAAUAAAUUCUGUUCUGCAGCAGGUGCAGUCGCCUCUAAUUUCGCCGAACCUGUGUGUUGAUGUGAAUGUAGAAAAAGUUAUGAUAGACAAAAUGAUCAGUGGGUGUUUUUGUAGCUGCCACUGAGGUUUAAUGUAUCCUGCUUUCACCUUGGCGGUGACACCCUGAUGUAUCAUGGUGGUUAGCAUUCUGUGGUAAAGCUGCUACCUGCCUCUAAUGGAUGGAAUUAUUCAUAUCCAUACUUAAAUAAUAAUGCAGUUGUUGGUUUGAUCUUUACGGUGAAAAAUUAAGUUCAACCUUUUGGUGUUGCUUCAAAGAGGGAUGAAAGUGUGCAGGGACCGGGUGUGUGUGCGUACGUGUGCGUCCUCAUCUUCAUUUGGCUCUCAAUCAUGUGUUAUCACCGCGUGUGAAGCGCUCUUUAAUCCAAUAAACUUAAAUGUCAGCACUCCAGAAAGGAUGUCGAUAAUAACAUGCGUUAAUAAAUUAAACGAUCCAGCAAUUAAACUUGAUUUAUGAGGUGUUUUCAAAGCUCCAGACAGCAUGGUGUUAUGCUGAUAUGAUUUGCAUGGAUGACUCAUAAAAACCAUACAAAAUAUGAUCCCAUAAAGUUAUGCAUCAAGAUUACUCAUAACGAUGAUUCAUUGUUUUUGGCUGUGUACGGAUACUCACCAGAGAGGAUGACAGAUGAUGAAAAGGAGACCAGACGACAAAACACAAAGUGAUAGAAAGACUAAACAGACGGGGAAACCAAACAACAAGAUGAAUAUACAGAGUUUCAGUUACUGAGGGAUAACUUCACCAGUACUCUGUGUUUCAUAACUCUCAGCCUGGGAACUAGAGAAGUCUGGAGUUCAGGUUUUAUCUAAGUCAGAUGUUUCUGUUUCACAUCAUUGAUUUUCCUGGUUAGGCCAGUCUCAUGGUUUACCAAACAGGAGUGGAGUUACAUGUUAGUGAAGAAGUUUUGUUCUUGCUCAGCAUGAGAGGGUUUUAGUUUGCAAAAACAACCAAAAACAUCCUUUCAAUCAAUCAUGGUGCAUCAUGUGAACAUACAAUACAAUUCACAAUGUAGUUUUAAAGUUGGAAAUUGGUAUUUGGUAACAUUAGCCUGCUUAAUCAGUGUAACUAUGUAAAACUAAAUAUUUCAAUGUAUAGUCAAGUCUAAACAGUAGCCUGUUUACCUAUUCUCAUCAAGGUUUUCGCCACAGUGUCAACAGGCAGCAGUGGAAAGUGACAGACUGAUUCAAUAUGGGUAGAAUGUAGGGCUGUAAAGUCCUAGUCUUCUGGUUGACUUACUGAGUCAACCAAAAUUCUGAUUGGUCGACUCGAUUUUUUCCGCGUCAAUUUAUAGUCUAUUUAUAGUCUAUACCAAGUGCUAAUUGGGGUGUUUUCAGAGAACCCCUGUUUCAAAGGUAACAGCUUGUCUCAGAACACCCCCAUUGUUUUCACCAUUUUGGAUUCGGCCAACUCACUGGAGACUGGGCGGAGACAGGAAGAUUGAAGAGCGUCCACGUUAAUCAACGUCCGGUGGUUUGCCGAAUUUUUAUAUUUUAGCCUUUUGUGUUUAAUUGCCUUCUUGUGCUGAUAUCAGUAUUUUCACCUCGCCUAGCCACGCUCGCCAGAAUCGAUUAGUUGAUGUUUGGUCAAAAAUUUCAGGGUUUUAGUCGACCAAGAAUUUCUUUGGUUGAUGACAGCCUGAGUAGUGUGAUAAAGUUGCUGGUGUUGCUUUUUAAAAAUGAAUCACCAUUGUUGUGUGGUUUUGACCAAUCAGAAUCAAGUAUUUGACCCAUCCUGGUUAAACAGCUUUUGGUAUAGAAAGAAGGAAACGACACAUGGAAAAGGAUCGGAGUUGGAACUGAACUUGGGAUACCUACUUUGAGGUCCCAUAAUAUCAGGAGUACAGUUCUUUGAAAUAAAGGUCACAUGAAUGAUACUUCUGAACUAUUUCCAGACCUAUUGACCUGUAGUAACAUCUCACAUAUCAUCACUUUGGUUGGUUUUGCGUCUGUCCUGUUGUUUUGAAAUAGAAGUUAAAACCCUGCUUUGCAAAACUCUUUAAUAAGGCUUCUAUGAGGAGGUUUUAAGCCUCUUAUGAGACAGACUGAUACUGAUAUUGAUGAUUCAAUCUGACCUGCAAGAGCUAAUGAGACUAUCAGAGUCAGAUCUGAUCAUAAAAGUAGUUUUAACCACGGAGCAGACGGAUGAUGUGAGCCGCACCACGCUUCAGAAACGACCUCUGUCAACCUUGUCCUUAUUAAACAUUCACAGUGAGCUGUGCAGUUGACUUCAAAAAUAGAGCGGAAGGAGAUUUCUCCUCUGAAAAAAGCACCAGCAAAGAGAUUAUUGGUACCACUUUAUCACAGGAGGCACAAACUGAGAAAUUGUCGCAGGAGUUUUAAUAUUUUUAUGUUUCACCAUUAUCUAGACAUGCAGAUUCGCAGCACACUAGCUCUCCUCAUUUCUUCAAUAUAGCUGUUCGUUUGAGAUGUCUGUUAUUAUCUCUAGUCUCCUGAUGGAAAUAUUUCUAAAUGUUAGUUGGCAGUGAUAUGAACUGGGUGAUACUUUAAUGAUGAUUUUAGCUUGAGUCUACUUUUACAAAUUGACAGCAAAACAAAACAAAAAAUAAAAGUUUUGACAGAUACCGUCACUUCUUUUUGCUGAUUAGUGCAAAUCAAACCCGUGGAGACUAAUUAAACAUUCAAAUCAGGGCGUAUUAUCAGAAAAUCAAUCUUUCUGUCUGAACGAAAUGAACAUUCGAGAUCUUACUUAGGCAGAAAUCAUCAUAUUAAUACUAAAUUUCUAGUUUGUUGACAGCCUGAAUAAUCACGUUUAUAUUACUUUGUGAGUGUUUAUAGAAAAUCACUACCAUACGGGACAUGUAAAGGUUUAUUUUUCCCUUUGUGCUGCUGAGGCUUUUUCUCCUCUCUGUCCAAUUUGGGUGUUGAGUCCAUUAAUCAUGUUGCAUUUACAUAGAGGACAUGCCAAGUCAGCAUCCCCACCCCCACUGUGUCCACAAACACACACUCCACACGCUCCAUGUAAUCUUUAAUGUCUGAGACCUACUUUUUCAGCCCUAUUAAUUUUAUGUAACCGCUAUACGCGUCCUGUUAGCGUUUGAUUUAAAGACCGCUGCAUCUUCUGUGAAUCUUCUAGCAUGAACGCAGACAUACACUACAACACUGUGAGGACAGGGACAGUCAGAUCGAUGUUAUUGUGGUUGUAAUACGUGCAUAAUAAACUCUAAAUGGAUUGUGUUAAGUACCAGAAGACCACAACAGAAAAGCUCAUCAGCACAGCCUGCACUUAUUUCAUGUUAGCUGCCUCAGUGUUUUUAUCCGAGGCGCACGCAUUAAUGCACACCAUGUAACGAUAAUUAUUCACGCCUGUCACAUAUGCCAUUUACACGCUAACAUGGUCCGUGUGAAAAGAAGAAGAAAACGUGAAGCGGGACAAAGAAGCAUCCUUUGAAUUUUAAUUAUUUCAUCAGUCAUGUCGUGGUCUUUUCUGUCUGUCUUUAACGUCUUCAUUUUGUGGUCGUUUAUGUUUUAAUUAGACCUCCACACAGGCUUUUCUGUGUAUUAGGAUUACAUUAGUAAAGCCAUUCUAUCAUCCUCACAGACAGAAUUGAUAUGAACAAAUCAGCCAAUCAGGAUGAGCCUAGUCAGCCAUGUGUCGGCAUCCUAACAAACGGUGGGGGGAGGGGGGCGGAGGUUAGUUAUUCCCCCACAUUUCACCGCUAGCUGGCAGUUCAGGGAUCCAAAAAAAAGGUGAAAAUCAGGAGAGAGAUCAGGUCAUACUUUUAUAUAUAACAGAAUUUUGAUAACUUAGACAACACAUAUCAAGUGUUUCGGUUUUAUAUCUUGGAUCCCAGGCGGGUGCAUAUAUGAAACGACAUUUGAAUUUUAGGGGGCGGUGACAGUAUUUUCUCAUUUACAGAGUGAUAAAAGGAGAUAUCCAAAGUCUGCUUCUCCCCCCUUUCUUAAUCUAGUGUGUCAACAAAAUAAAACAAGAAUUUUGAAAGGGGCGUUAUCCAUUGUUCAGUUUUGGGUUCUGGAAAUGUAUGCAAAUUAGUGCAUAUUUAAUUAGAUAUUACCUCAUUUAUAAAUUCAUACAUAACAUAUGACAAAACUUGUAAUAUAAAAAAUAUUUGUCUUAAUGUCGGUUAUAAACGUAGGAAGUUUCGUGGUGGUAUCUGUUAGUUAAAAUCUUUAUCCUAUUCACUUAAGGUGUCUCCCUGGGCUUUCUACCCAUCAUGGACGCCAUCUCGAAAAAGACACCUUUCUGAUGGUCAAACUUUGGUAAUGUUAUCAAGGACAUGUAAUAAUAUAAAAAACAGCUGAGAAACCUUUUGUUAGAAUUUUUGGGGGGUCAAGUCAUAUUUGCACCUGACUAUUUAAGGAAGCUGACGAACAGGUAACAUGCAAGUGUGGCCUGCUGUAAUUUUUUUUAAAAAUCUUGACUAAUUUAAGAUUCCAGAGUUGCGAUUUUAAAAAACCAAAUGUUGCAAAAUUUCUCAUGGUCAGAGGUGACUUAGGGGAGAAAAAUCGAGGCAAAUAGCAGGCAGGAAGAACUGGUUACAAUCCACUAGGGCUGGGCGAUAAACUGAAAAUUUAUCGAUACUGAAAUUCAUGACAGUAACCGACGUCAUUCUUCCUAUAUCGGUAUAUUCAGUGUCAAAAAAUAAAUAAAUAUAAGUUAAUUUUGGAUGUGUGUAAGUAGGCCUACAGCCUUUCAGAUGAGUCAGCGGUGCCCCUAGUUAUGCAACUCUCCUAACGAUGACAAAUCACCCCUAGGUAGGAAUCUGAGUGAACCCUGUCUAAACUAAAUUUUGUUUUAACGUGAAAGAUUGCAAAUAUUUCCUGCAAUUUUAACCAUCCAUAUAUAUUUUUUUUAAUGUACUGGUCAAUCUGUAAACAGAUAGUUGGUCUAGAUUGGCUGCACAUAUUUUUUUUAUACUUUAUUAAAUGUAAAAAAUAGUUGUUGAAUUGACUGCACCCCUAGAAUAAUUUCACUCUGUAGCCUGUUGGUUUCACUGUUGAAUUGUUAAGUUUGCUCCUUGACCCAAAUUCAGUUUCUAUUCCUCCCUCUCCUCCCUCUCCUCCUGACCAGGAAAACACAGUCCUGGAAGAAACAUAGCUAUAAUGUAUUUUUGUCUUCCUUCAGCCCUCAUUUGCAGUCAGAUGACAUGAUGGUGAAUCACCACACACAGAGUCGAGUCUUUCUCUGUGUCCCCUCGGACAUGCUGUCACAUAAUAACCUUGGUUCCCCUUGUUUCCAUGAUGGCCUACUGUACAGGGGAGGCCAGAUGUCCCACCGUAUGUGCCUAACCUGCUUCUAUAACCUGCUGAGGAAGACAGCAUCGCUAAUUUUUAUUUAUAACAAAGACGUUCAAAACGUCUGACAGUGAAAUACAUUUAAAUAUUCAGCUUAUAUCAUACAAGUUAAACAAGUUAUAGUCACGUGAAUGAAAGAAUUCAUCUUGGAAGCCGUGUUUUAAGGUCAGAACUUGACAAAUGGAGGAUCAUACCUCUCAUGCAUCACUGAAGCUAUAGUUGCCCUUGAAGGCCACGGCUGCUUUACCAAUGAGAGGGAUGAUUCAGGGAGCAUUUCAAACCUAGAGUCUGGUCACGAGAUAAUGUGAAACAUUCAUAUUUCUACUCACUGUACCUGUAACAUUUUAAUUAGAGUAUAAGUUUGCAUUAUCAAAAUGGAAUUCGAUAAAUUUACCCUCCAAAUCUGCUGCACAAUAUUAAAAAAACAAGAUUAAAUUAGUAAAAGUGUUGAGACCCUCCCAAAAAGAAAAGAUCAGAGCCAUCUCUCAUGCUGAAGCAGGAGCCAAAGAGUGAAAUCAUUUUUAUUUUUUUUUGUUGUAGUUGGAUUUAAAAGCAGGCAGUGAUGGAGAUGGUUGAGCAUGUGGAGGCAGAAUUUUCCAGAGCUUAAUAUAAAACUUGAAUUCCGAUUUCAGAUUCAGAUUAUGUUUAUUGUCUCACAGGGAGGAAAUUAGUUUUGCAGCAGGAGCACAAAGGAGGCAUAAUGAAAUAGGACUCAGUUAAAAAAACCUUUGAAAUAAAACACAACUUAAUUUAACACAGUGUAACGAAGAAAUUGGAAAGAAUAGAGUUUUUGUAUUGGAUUAAUCAUAUAUUUAAAGCAGGUAUUUUAAGCUUAUUUUAUAUAUUUGAUUUUUUCCAUCCUGCACAUAAACCAAGAAUUGUCGUAACAAAUGAACUUCUUAUUGAGAAAACCUGGAGCAGUUUACUCUCCGCUGUGGCCUCUGUUGUACUUAAUUUAGCGGACAGAUCUCGCCUGUUUGAGGCGAUAUAAAUCAUUAAGAUGGAUGUUAGAAUUGUGGUGAAAUCAGCUGUUUUAAAAAUAUAACUCUGUUAUCUUAAUAAGUCUGCACAGUAUGUGUUUUCCUUUUAAAAAGUAGUAGUCCUUUUCCUUAUCAUUGUUUUGAGCUUGAAUUCAUAUAGAACUCACAUUGACCCUUUGCAACACACAUUCAUCAUACUGCGAGCCAAUUAUAAGAUCCUGUCGCUGCGUAUAUAUAUGUGGAAACUUACAGUACCAUUUUUAGAGUGUGUUGCUUGGCUGGAAACUUUGUGUUGUCCUGCAUGAGUUUAGAAAACUCUGCAGCCAAACUGAACAUAUGGCUUGAAAAGUAAACUGAUGUUGUUUUUUCAGUCACUUGACAGUUUAAAGAAAAAGGCAGCAUGAGGUUUUCAGUUAGCAUCACCGUUAUAUAACAUGUGAUAGUAUCCGCGCUGUGACUCACUGAGCAGAAGAGGAAAUAUGGAUCAUGCAGAGACGGCGUGAACUCAAUUACCCUUUAGCCUGCUCCCUGACCUGUGUGUGUUUGUGUUUGUAUAUGUGUGUGUGUUCAUUUUUUCAUGUGUGCUUAUGUGAAAACAUCCCAUUUGAACUCUAUGUAGCACUUGUCUUUUAUCAUCUUUCACCAGUCAGACAAUUACGAUGAUAAACAGUUUGGCUUCGACCUCAUUAUUACUGUUACUUGUUUGUAUUCUCCUUUGCUCUCAGUUUAACAGUUUGGAUAAAAGGCUCUUGGCUUGGUUAGCAGCUACAUCAGGUCUUAAUAGCUUACAAAGGGAGACUCCUGGAUACGAAAUCAAGUCAAACAGACUGUAUUAAGUCAUGGCCAUCUACUGAAGACAGACUGAAGCACUCUUUUGUACACCAGCUCUACUCUAAAGCUGAAUAUGGAGCCGAAUUGUGGAUCAAAAGUACGUUGAAGUCCUUUGACCAUGCUGUCUGCUGUUUGACAUGUUUUAAGAGAGGGCUGCAGAGUUCACCUGCAAGAGACAUCAUGAAUCGUGCGUUUUGCUUUCAAAGAUCUUACUGUUAUCGGGGGCAAAAGCAGAGCAACAUGUUUGAUGUGUAAAAGUUCAAGCUUUAACAGAGAUCUGUCCAGGCACUCUGUAUUAGAUGGACUACUUUCAAGAGGUCUUUCACUGAGACAUUUGCAACACUGAGACCACUUUUUGUUCACCCACACAUGUUCACAAACACACAAUAUUUUCCAGUCCAUGUUCAUUUUCAGUCCCUCAUAUUUUUGAAUGAAAACUGAAACGUCUUAUUUUGAAAGCUUUAGAUUUUGGGUGAGUUUAGGUCUGACCUGUGGCUGUUUUCAACAUGUGCACAAUGGAUCAAUUCAUGAUAUUUAUCAAGUUAUCUGUAACAUUGAUACCUUUGUUGUUGCAGCUGACAGCCCAUUGUAAUGACAUUCCAGUAUAAACAACAUGCAAACCCUUUAGUCUUCAAGGUCUAUCCCCUGCUGAUCUUAAAUGUCUGUAUGUACUUAAUGAAAAUCACUCCCAGAGUUUCUGGCAUCUAUCAAUCCGCAGAAAAGUCAUGGACACUUCUCUGAAACCAAUGAAAGGAGAGUUGAAAAGAGUUUUUGAUGUCUGUUUUUGAAGCAUGAGUGCAGAGCUAAUAGACAUCUGUGUGUGUGUGUUUGUGUGUUUGUGUUUUUGUUUAGGAGCUGUUAGUGGAGCUCGGCUGGGCCACCAAAGCCAGAGCGAAAGGAGAGGAAGAGGAGGGCGGGAGCGCAGAGACAGAGAGAGGCAGCGGGGACGACUGUGAUGAUGAAGACGGCUGUGAAGCAUCUGGAGAGAACGGUGAGUCAUACACACACACACACUCCUACACACUUAACACACACACACACACACGUAGACAAGAGUGCAUGCUAACAAAGUCCAACACACACGAAGACACGUAUAACACAUGCACACUUGUAAGCUUCUCUCAUAGCUGUGCAAAUAAAGGGGUGAAACAUAUCUGCACACACACUGUGCAUAAAGUCUAUGUACUAUAUAUUAAUAUGCACACACACACAGACACACUCACAUCAUAAAUAAAAGACAGCACACACUCACAGGGUUCAUUGGCAUGGUGGAGGUUUUAAAAUGCUGCAGCCUUCACAUAUCUGCUGCCAGCAGGAAAAUGCCCGGAGGGAGGGAUAGUACUGAGAGAUGGAUUCAACCGUCCUCUCUCUCUCUCUCUCUCUCUCUCUCUCUCUCUCUCUCUCUCUCUCUCUCUCUCUCUCUCUCUCUCUCUCUCUCUCUCUCUCUCUCUCUCUCUCUCUCUCUCUCUCUCUCUCUCUCUCUCUCUCUCUCUCUCUCUCUCUCUCUCUCCCUCUCUCUUUCUGCCGCUCUCAGCAGUUUCCUCCUCGGCCAGGAUAAAGGAUGCACUAACAACCAGGUCACUCUAAAAACAGAAAUGAAAAAUAAACUCUAAUUAUUCAUUUAUCUCUUGACUUAUUCAUCGUGUUUUGGCCAAUACAUUAUACAUGGGUGUCACAAGGGGGAUCUGGGGUCCCGCGGGAGCCUUCAGGCAAUCCCACCAAGUGAAUGUUGUUGAGAUUUGCUGUUAUUUAGAUUGUUGGGAGUAAAUAUUGCUCCGUGUUGAGACUGUUGACCAGCUGUGAUGGUUUUUCUGUCCUCGACUCGGAGUACAGUUUAGGAGUACUAAGAUUGUUUUUCGGCACUGAGAUAUCAACAAGUGGAAUCCUACAGUAGGACACAGGAAAAGGCAGUGAAUCAGUGUAACGAUCAGCUAUUGACUUUUGAUUAUAUGAAACGUACAAUUAAAACGUUUGCAGAGCCCAAAUCACACAGAAUCUGAACUUUUUAAAUCAGAUUCAGACCAAUAAUAUACCUUUUAUUUAUAUAGCACCUUUGAAACCAGAUGUUUACAAAGUGAUUUAACAAAAGAAGCAAACAAAGGCAGAAACAGACAAAGAGAGGAUUAAACCAUUAAAAAAAUGGACAUUUGAAAAAAAUGGAUAGUUUAAAAAAAACAGUUAAAAUAAGACCAGUUAAAAAAAAAUGGACAGUUGAAAAAAUGGUCAGUUUAAAAAAAUUGUCCGGUUAAAAAAUGAACAGUAAAAAAAGGACAGUUAAAAAAAUGGACAUUUAAAAAAAAACAGUUAAAGUAAGGACAGUUAAAAAAUUGGACAGUUUAAAAAAACAGUUAAAAAAUUGACAGUUGACGGUAAAAUGGACGGUAAAAUGAUGGACAGUAAAAAAAAAGUGGACCGUUAAAGAAAAAUGGACAGUUAAAAAAAAAAGGACAGUUAAAAAUUGUUGGUUGACAGCAUCACAUCAGGAAGGUGAAAAAGAAGAUGGUGGAUAGAGGACAGAUAAAAGAGAAAGAGAAAUAAAAGUAAAAUCAGAGUACUACUGAAAAGGGAGGGAAUUUAUUGAGACAUGGGAAAAUGUUUAAAACAUGUUAUUGUCCUAAAUCAGAUACAGAUCAGAUCUUUUGCAUCAUAUCCUCAAUCUGAACAGCUGCGUCAGACUUUAACGUCACUCAUGAGCAGCACUUGAGCGUGACCUCUUUGCUGUUGUUGAGACACUAAACAUCUGACAAGCAUCAGUGUAUUUCAACACAAUGUUAAAUGUGUUUUUUUUUCCUGGUAUUAUCACCCUCUCGCACGUCCCCCUCCCCCAUACUAGAGAAAUCUUUAAAGCAUACGUCCAUCUUUAAUUGGAAAAACACAUAUGUUGAUUUACUGCGAACACACGAGGAGACCCCGGCCACCUUUGGGGUCGUGAAACUUUCCAUGACACCCAGUUGGUUUGUUAUGGUGCAUUCUCUGGUCAUAUCUCUGGUGACCCGGGGCAAUUAUACGUUUCAGGUCAAACCAAUAACACCAGUGCGGGUUGUUCAUAUGUCGACUUUCUCUGUUAUUGAAUAUCACAGAAAUACAUCGGAGUAGACGCAUCAUUGUUGGAGGCGGUUUGGAUUAUCAUAAUUUUCUAAUCUCCUGCAUCACCACCUCGUUACCAGUGACCUGAUCUGGGAUCACCCUCAUGAUCACAUGCGUCCUGGUGAUGUCAUCAGCCUGUGGGCUCCAAGCCCCCGAGGCCAGGAUGUAAUAGGGUCAAAGGUCAUUGCCGCUUUAAUUAUCGCUGCUCUGUCCUCUUCAUUACAGGAGUCAUGUGUGCCUCCAAACGCUGACGUACAGCAUCAGUGUGGCUUGUUAGUUCUGUAUGAUUCUGAGCCGUGGGUCAGCGGUCCCCAACCUCUGGCUUGUGGACCACUUCCAGGCAGCGGGACAGUUUGUGCAAAGUCAGAAGGGAGAGAAAAAGAAGGGAUCAGAUGAGGAAAAGCCUUAGAAUUCUUAAUAAUACAGACCUCACAGGUUACUGAUGGGAUUAUCCCUGUAAAAGUUUGUUUUUCUCAUUCAUUUCUUCUGCUUUGUUGCACAAGACUUUUGGCUCUUACACGAUGAGGUUCGGCCAAAAUUCAAAUGAAACCCAAUCACAUAAUCCGCUUGUUUUGUAAGUCUCUAAUUUCCUUUUUUUCUCUUCAGUCCUGCAAAAGAGAUCUUCUGCAUGAUGAGUAUCGACAAAUGAAUUUUGAUACGUCCAAAAAUAUAAAGCUUUUAGGUUUUGAAUUUAGGUACUGAACUCAAUUUGCAUGUUACACAGAGUAAUCGAAAGAGAGUGCAAGAGCAGGAGAGAAGUAAUAUCUCAAUAUGCAGAACAGUUAUUUUAGUCAUAAAGCUAAACUUUGACUCAGUUUGGUACAAACCUCUGUUACAUAAAUGAUAUGAAUAUUAGGAGCUCCUGUGUAGGUAGACCUGUGUAUGUGGGUGUAAACUCAAACUGAAGAGAUGUAACACUUUUAAUAGGUAUGUAAGUGUUAUCUCCUUACUAAUGGAAGACAUGUGGGAGAAAUAAUCAUAAUUAUUCUCGGAGAUUAUUAUGCUUUAGGGAAAUAAAGCUGAAUUUAGGAUCAGACUGAACUUUUGAAAUAAGCUCUAAACCUUAAUACUAAAAUGACAGAGGAUAAUAACUGAAAAGUACUGAAACAUAAUGAGAUGCAUUUAAAUCAUAGUUAAUAAAAAGGCAUAUUGGCAAUGUAUAAUAUGGAACGCAGCUAUUUUGACUAACAAGAGGGUGUAUUGUCUUUUUAUCUGGCCUCAGCUCCGCCUCUUUACUGGUUUCUUAUUCAUGCUGUGUCAACAUAACAUUACUUUUCAUGUGACUUUAAAGUCAAAGAUAAAUUUCCAAAGCUGAAGUAUAACCAUGAGAGUUUUGCUGAAGUCAGGCACAGUUGUUGGCACACAGUCUUUAAGGCUUUCAGAUGACAGAAAGUAUCGUAAAAAAUUUUAAGGGUCCUCAUAAACUCUAAUUUAAAUUGGUCUUCAUUUCCAAUACGGUGGCCACCAACUUCGCGUCACAGUCAGGAGGAAAGGAAAAGGACCCAAAAUGCAAAACAAAAAAAGGAUUUAUUUAAAAAGAACGAAAUAAAAAGAAACAACAAGGAAAAAAUCCACAAAAAAUCACCAUGGCAAAAUCACAUGCAUUCACACACACUGACAAACAUACAAUGAACCAACAAGGACAGAUGGGAAGACAGGGACUAUAUAAACACUGGUAAACGAGCAACAGGUGAGGCUAACGAGACACAGGUGAAACUCAUUAGUGAUUAACGAAGGAGGGAAAACUAAGAAAGUAAAACCAGACUAGAAACACAAGGAAUCAACUACUACAAAAUAAAACAGGAAACACUGAAAACUGAUCUAAAGAAUAAAACACAGAGAACAGGAGGGAAACAGAAUCAAACACAAACUGAAAACUCACAAGACUGGACUACAGAGGAACAGAAACACUGGGGACAUUCACAAAGAAAAUACACUCAAAUAAAACCAGGAGAACACUAAAUAAACAGAACAAAUCAUAACAAGACUAAGUUUUGCCUAACCCAUGUUUUUCACCCACAAUGUCAGCAGAGACUCAAAGAAAUAACAUCUUCUCUGGCAGAACCACUGUGAUGGAUCUCUUACUGUGGGUCACUCAGAGAUAACAGUUGACUGCAAAAACAAUUGCAUUAUAAGAAAUCAAGUUAUUACCAAUCAAAAUGUUUAUUUCCUUAUGCUGCCUCCUCUUAUCUAACACUCUUUAGGUAGAGUGAGCGUACGUCCUCUUUUACCCUGGACAUGUCCUCUUUUUGGGGGGCUGUCCGGCCUUGUCCAGCUUUGUUUGGAGGAGUUUAUAAAACCCUUCAAAUGUCCGGGGUUUUGUGUGGAAGUUUUGAGUUCUGUCGCAUGGACUUACUAAGUUAGAAGCACAUAAAAAACACUCAAUCCGACCCGAAAAACUCUCAAAAUUUACUAUGCAUGUCUCUGUGACCCCGCCCUCGCGUAGCCAUGUCCUCUUUUUAAGGAUUCAGAAUAUGGUCACCCUACUUUAGGUAUUGCAGUUUGUGCAUUUGUUACAUCUGUCUUCUACCUCGAUGUGUGCAGACCCUGCUGGGCCUGAAAAUGGUGCAUUGGCUAUUUAGAGAGGGAAUUGCUGGUUAUGAUCUACGAAGCAGAGAAUAGUCACUCUUAGUCCACAGUAAAUUCCUGAAAAACAAGAGCAACAGAGGGUGAUUUUGAGUCUGUCUGCAUCUCUUUGCAUAUUAACACAUGAGCUCAAACUGAACCGGAGAGGCAGCAUUAGUCAGAGCACACAAAUCACACAGGAUCAUUUAGCUUUUUUGAGACAUUCGUCCCGUUUAUGCCUUUACUGUGCGAUAAAUCACCACGUCUGACUUUAUGUAUGUGUAAAACACCAUCAAAUGAAUAAAUGCAAGCAGCUGUGAUGUGCUUUUCGAUGGAUCUGACAGUAAAUCUGCCUGUCCACGCUCUCUGACUCCCUGUCUUUAAAAUUCUGCCGACAAACCUCUUCUCUAAAUCUGAAAUGUUUAAAUGUGCAGCUUGUUAUCUCCCGGGAAAGGAGUCGCAUGUUUAUGCUUCUUUGGUGAUGGUGCGUGCUUCAACUUUAUGUAUGAGAUUUAAGGUUUGUGUGUGAGCAUCUGUUGCUGCAGCAGCUCCUCAGAUUGUAAUCCACUAUGUUUUAUGGAUAGACCAGUUCUCAGUCUUGCUGGCUGAAACGGAUCCAGUCAUGUGCUGCUUUGUGACUCAAAAUGUCUUCUUUUAUAUCAACUCCUUGUUUAUUUAAUGCACACACAUGAUUGAGCUUAAGUUCUGUUCUUCUCUGUCCUCGAGGCUGCAGAAACGAACAGGGAGGAAUAAAAAGAAAGAUCUCUCCUGCCUGUUUUUUUAAUUAAUUCUCAUGACAUUUGGGUCACGUUGAACACUGAGGAGAAUAUAGAAAAAGAAGAGGUGGAGGAGGAGGAUGAGAGGUGGAGGUGGGGAUCCAGAUCCAGGCAGCAGCUGAAAUCAAGCCUAAAAACUUCCACAUCUUGUCACCCAGCCUGUGUUUUAUUUAUGUUGGCCAGUUAACCGUGAGAAGUUAUUUUAGUCAUGCUGAGACAGCACGCGCAGCUUAUGAUUAUUUGAUUUAAGUCCAUUUAAAGCUUGAUUCCAGUCCAGAGAGGAAGAGACAUUUGGCAGACGCUGUUCACAGAUGAGAAACAAUGGAAUGGGUCAAACACCUCAACAUAUGGGGGAAAGCAGGGAGAUGAAGCUCAGAGAGAAAUAUAUAAAUGAUUGAGAGUAUACAUCCAGCCAGAGUGGUACUGGAGCCAUAUGUGGUGUUAAAGUCAGCCUGAGCCAAAGAUGAGGUAUGUUAGCAUGGUAAAAUGUAACUUUCAAGGUGAAGGGUUUCAUGGAUAUCAGGUCAUGAAGAAGAAGUUACAUUGUCCAACUUCCAAGCGUCUCAUUAACUAUUCCUUAAAUUGAUCAGAAAUCGCCCUCAACAUUAAACACUUAACAAUUAUAUCCCACAAUUUUCCAGUAAGCAGGUCAUAGAUAGUUGUUGUUUUAAUUAGAUAUUAAUACUGGAUUCUUAAGUUAACUCACAAAAAACAAGAUUUACAUUUAAACCUUAAAAUGGAAAAUAGGGCUGUCAUAGGGCUGGGCGAUAUGGCCUCAAAUCAAUAUCAUGAUACUGUAUAUUGAGCAAUUCACCUCAAUAACUACUCCACAAGCGACUCACCCCCUCCCACAUUAACUUUGUCUAUUACUCCCGCCGCUCCCGCUGCUACAACUUUUGAACCGUCCUCCAUCUCCUCACCUGUCUUUACCUCUUUGUUACAGACUGGAUGGGGUGGAGUCACGUCUCUGAUGUAGGUUAACAUCUUAAAGGGACAUGAGACCAUAGCCUACCUACACACAUCCAAAACCAACUUUUAUUUUUGUAUUUAUUUAUUUGACACCGAAUAUAUUGACAUGGGCAAACCGAUGUUGGUUUGCUGUCGUAAAUUUCGACCAGCCCUAGGCUGUAAUAUAAUUGGUUUUUUUUACAAUAAAUCACAUUUUCAAAAUCCAAUUAUUUUGUGUCAUUUAUCCAUUUUUAAAUCCAUUUGGAAAGUUGAGAAUCACAUUAAUGCAUUGAAAUUGAAUCAGUGAUCUAAAUUUCAGGACUUGUUAUUUAAAUAAAUGCUGCUCUGCUACACCAAUAUCUUCGAGGUUGGAGACAGCUACAGUGCUUAUUUUGUAAAUCACAGAGUUUAUUUUAUGUCACAGCAGCCCAAAGGGUCAAUCAGCAAAAAAAACACUAACGUUAAGUGAAGUGAUGGUGGACUUUGAGCCACUCUUUGUCUUUUUCUCUAGUUUGUUUGUCCUGACUUUUAGAUUAGAUGCUGAGCAAACAUGCUGUUUCAAUGGUUGUUGCAGACAAAAUAGAAGAUUUCAUGUUUUCUUUGGUCUUUGAGUAACUCUGAGGAGUGGUGAAGGGAAUAAAACGGGUCCUCUGUGAUCCGUGUGGCGUUCCUGAUCACUGAGCAGUGGUAUGAUGAGGUUUGGAUGAGCAGGUUAUCUUGUGGUCAAGCUAUGCAUGAGAGUUUUGUGUUUGGUGCUGAGAGAGCAGCACCAGAAUGAAAUGAUGAGAGUGACAAUGGAAUAAAUGAUUGAACAAUGUGCUGGAGUUUAAAUGUAAUACUUGCUUUAAUUAAUAUCUGAUUAGUAAGACUUCUACACACAUGCACAUGGAGACACUACUAUAGGCCUUCCCAUCAUAAGGGACUUGCAAGUUCAUGCUUAAGUUGCUAUGAAGUUCUCAACCCACCAUAUCUUUAAUUAUAUUCAUUACAUUAAAUACUAAUGUGCAGUCUUGAGUGCUUUACAAACAAAAAGUUGAACUAAAGAUGGAAAACUAGAUUGAAAAUUGACAACAGUGAAUAAAAAUGCAAAAGAAACUUUAGAAAUUCAUCCGUGUGGAUCCUCCAAAAAUAAAUAACAGAAAAUAAACACCAAAGAUGAAAAAUGGAGAAUAAAUCAACAACAAAAAGUCAGAGUUUUGCACUUAUAUUAUUAAUCUGUUACACUUUUCGUGUAUUUAGUUAUUGCUUUCUUCUUUCUUAACUUGAUUGAAAAAUAAUCACACAACUGCAUGCCACAGAUGCCAUCAGACACACUCAGUUACAGAAUUAUUACACCACAGGGGAGUUUUUUCCUUUCCUUCUCUCUUCGUUUCGUCAUUUCUUAUCCUCCCCACUCGCUGUUUUCUGUAAGAUUAAAGUGAUUGAUUUUCUCUCCUCAAACUGGCACAAUCCCUCCUUAAACUGCAGCUUCUCCGAUCACGCCGUCUCCCCUCCAGAUACAUCCAGGACCCGUACUGUCAAUAAUGUAAAUGUAAUCACAGCCUCUCCUUUCUGCUCCUCUCUUCUUCUGUGUAACAAAUGAAACUUGUGUGUGACACCAUAAUUGCUGUUUUUUACUCUGGGGUUUGGUGGUGGAUGCAGAGGAGGAGGAUGUUAUAACCUCCAGGUAUCCAUGAGUCACUUUUUAACCACUAAUGGCGGGUUAUUCUGGAAAGAGCUGAUGCUUUCAACUUAAAAUAUUGAUAUUUUUUUCAUACACACUUUGGAUUUAGUGUCUUUGUCCUAAAAAAAAGUAGCUACACUCAGUUGGACAAGAAGAAAACAGGAGAUUUUAAGCGCAGGAAUGUCUUGAAGUGCUCUUCGUAUCUUUACCAAGUGUAGACUGUAUUUUAUUUUCUAUGUGUGUGCGAGAAUGUGUACCCACGAGGGGCACUCAAUCCCUGUAACCAUGGUUACCAGGUGGUCUCUCCUCCCAUGGGUCCUUAUUUGACGACAAUGAAGAAAAAAAGUGGAAGAGAGGAGGUGUGGUGGAAUUUGUGUGGCCCUCUCUCUCUUCACAUAAUGUACUUUCAUAUUGUGUUUUGUGUAAUCUUGUUACCCCCAUUGUGUUACAGCACCUUCGAGCACAGUUUAGUUGUAAUUAAAAUGCUGCAAGUGGCUGGUUCCUAUCGUAAUCCUGCACCCAGUAAUGGAAACACAAGAGGAUAUUGCUGAACCAUUUUCUAUUUAUUGUCCUGUUCCAUGUAUCUUUCCUCCAUCCUCUUUUCCUCGCUCCCUUGGCCUCUUCCCCCCAUCUUCCCUGGGGCCAGAUUCACAAAGCCUUUAGAAGCCAUUUCAUCUUAAAGGGAAAGGCCAGUGUUUUCCAGCGCUUGUCCUCCUCCCCCCCUCCUUCUCCUCUGCUCGAGGAUAGUUUGAUCUGCAUUCAUAAGCGUCUUGUCUAAAGGGAGCCAGAAAGAACAAUAAAAAAGUCUGGCAGGGCUCCUGAUCUGUACCCGUGACUAUAAAAGUUCCCGUAGUGAGCCGUUGGAGUGGAUUGAUCUGUGCAAUAAAAUGAAACUGCUUCCCCUGUACAUGCAUGCAUGGAGAACAUUAGAGUGUAAAACAUGCCAGAGCUGCAGUCGGCGUGCUUCUGAUACAGUAUCAAGUCCUGAUCGAAAACAAAGCAAACACGCCUCAUAAGAUUUACUCCGGUAUUUAUACGACCGGUGUGAUUUACAUUGAUGAAUACAUUUAUCUGAAAUGAGCUGCUGCUUUAAUUAAAGGUUUUACUUCCAUAAUUAAGAAUGCAUUGAACAGAUAUGUCAGCUGUUCACUAAGUUUAUGACCACACUAAUUGUCAGGGCAUCUCCAGAGAGGUUUCCACCCAACCCGCUUUAAUCUAAUUGGCCGCCGCAGCCCAGGAUCUAAAAGUGGGAUUGGUCGUUUUCCUCGUUAUCGUUGGGACUUAAAUUUUGAUUAAACAUGUUGGCUGCACUGCAACAGGCUGCAGUCGCUGUCCUCUUUAUCUGCUUCUCAUAUAGACUGCAGGAUAUUGGAAAAUAAUAAUUAUCUAAUGCAUUUUUUCCUCCCUGCAUUGUAUAAGGACACAAACAGAUAUAGAAAUAAAAAAUAGAUAAGUGCUUAGAAGGAGUUACAAUUUUUAAUAUCACAAUUAAACUUUUACUCAUAAUUUAGAUCCUUUGGUCUGUUUUUUGUCUUUCAAAUUAAUUGCAGAAACUUUGCUAAUACAUGCAUUAAACAUACCUUCCCAUAAUCGAUAAUUGAUAAACUCUUGGUUUUGAACAUAAUGUUUGAACUGCAUCACAAGCCUUGUAAUGCAAACUACUGGUUAAAGACCCACUCCGAUGAAAAUCAUAUUUUUCUUGUUGUCUACAUGUUCAUAUGGCAUUUUUCUGAUGCUACAGGAUACAUCAUGAGAAAAAUAAGUGCAAAACUGCAUUUUUAAGUUUUUCUGCAUUCAAAUCGCUGUGAAUCUCUAGCAGACCCAAAAUGUAAGCUCAGAUUCAGUGAGAUUUCCUAUGUAGCAAAUCCAAGCUCCGCCCCCAAGGCCCCACUGAGCCACACUUGGAAAUUUAGAGAGGAUGAUCGUAGAACCAGCAUGUGCAGUAGUGGAUUGCAAUGCUAGUAAGAAAGCUAUCUAUAUUAUUACCUUUCAUCAUGCCCUUACAGACAUUAGUGUCCGAAAGCUGAAUAGCUCCUAUGUUACCUGCUACUUCUGCUGCACCGGUAAUGAAGAGUGAAGUGUGCAGAACUGCAGAAAUAAAACCCUUGGAAAUGACACAGUUAACGUGAUUUUGGCUAAAAACCUCAUAAUCUCAAUUUAAAGACCACUGGUAACACUUUAAGUAGUAAAAAACAAAUGAUCGGAAUACGACUUUAAAUCAAAACUCAACAUCAUCUGUAUGUGAUUUUCCCAUCACUGUGAUGCACGGCAGGUGCAGAUGCAAAAAGUAAACACUAGCAGGGCAGGGUAACAUUUAAAAGAAAGGAGCACCAGGUUGGACUGAUUCAAGAUCAUGUAUUUCCUGGGUUCCUGUGACAGUAGCAGUGUCACGACUGGUGCAUGUUUACAUUCUACAUUCAUGAGGCGUCUGCUCAGAGGUCAGUUUCCUAGUGUGCUCAAGAAGGGGGGUGUUCAAGUGAGACAUUCAUUCAAGAUUAAUGCUGAACAAGGAGGAAGUGGUGACUGUAAAUGACACGUUUCAGGACAUUUGACUUAUAUUGCAUGUCCUAUGAUGUGACUAUUAUGCAGCUGCAGUGUUCAGACAAUAUCAAUCAUCUUUAUACAGUCCUCCUCUGCCUAAAGCACAUUUAAAGUAUGUGAAAUGCAUUUUAAGAUUGUUCUGUUCUUCUCUGUUUUCCUUAAUCGCGCUGCCAUUUUCCCUCUUAAUAUCUUCUCUUCCUCUGACCUCUUGUUUCUUUGCUUUGUCGCAUUUACAUUGAUUAUAAUGACUGGAAGUGGCACACACACAUACAGAGCACGUAGACACAAAGAGUAAUCAAGAGGGGAGGAGAAGGAGGAGGAGAGGGGUAACAAUCUGCAGAGAGAGGGAAGUCAUUGUGCUCAUACUGAGUAUGAGUGUGUGUUUGUGUGUGUGUGUGUGUUCAGCAUGUGGCAGUGGUUAAUAAGCAGCAGUGUUAUAAUGAUAGAUCCUCAGGGUUGGAGAUACGGCUCAUUAAAGAAUUACACAUUCACUUUGCUCUCUCUGUCUCUCUCUUUCAAAGCGAUUUCACACCCUCGGUUUUGUCCAGAGCGCCCUGAGAGAUUAAAGAAUUUAACUUUCCGCCGUAAUGCUGCUCACUAAAUCUGAUCAGGUACACCUCUCCUGAAAUAUCUCGAAAUACGUUCACUCGUCUGCAAAAGUGAUCUCCCAGGUUAUUUUACUAUAAUAUGAAAACAUCUUUUCUCAUCAAGCCAAGAUAAGAGUCUCAUCUUUCUGUUAUUAGUCAUACUUUGGUGUGUUUUUUAAUCAGAUUUGUGUGGGAUGAUGGAAACCCACCCUGACAUUGUGUCGCAGGAUCCCAGCCCAAAUCUUAUUUUAUCACUGCUUACCACCAAAUCAAUGAUUUGUCUCAAAAUAUUGUUUGUUCUGAUGUUAUUGAUCGAAGUUAUUCCACUUCUGCUGCUAAUGAAAUGGUCCCUUAAGUUUCCACACUUGAAAUCGUUGCCAUGGCAAUGUUGAACUCAGGAGACUCCUUAAAUCAGACGACCUGAGUCUGGUCCACAGUGGAAGAAUUUAAAAUAUAAGCAGAUUGAACAUAAAGUUAAGAAUGAGCACAGUCUGCACCCAGAGAAUCUGCCUCUGCUGAUGUGAGCAACAGCAUGUAGGUGCUGUUUUGUCACAGAGUAGGUGAUGCUAUAUCUUAGCCAGCUUGGUUGCUAGGUUGACCGAAAAAUAAGCAAAAGUUUAAAGCUAUGUACUUCAUGCCAAGAAGAAGUCUGACAUAAGACACCUUUUGUUUAACAUGCUUUUCAACAACUGGUUUUAACCAUAGACUGUAUACACAAUGAACAACUUGGCUCUGCCUUCCAUCAGUAUACGAAUUUGAAGCUGAAUUGCUCUCAGUAUUUCCAGGAUUUUCUCCACUUCCUGAAAUCACCACUUGCGCAGUAGCGUUGUACACAUUCAGCGGGAGAGUCGCUGUGAUGACACUCAGCUCAAACAGCGUAUCUCCCAGGUGAGCUACGCAAUCUUCGUACGCCCAUAGGCUGUAUCAAGUGUCAAUCAUAGAAAACAUGAACCCCCUAAUAACUUUUAAAAAUGGAGCUGUACAGAAAACAGAGGACUUGAGCACAAACCAGUCUGACAGUAACUACAUGUCAACAUCACAACCAGGGGGGAGAAAAAUGUAUAUUCUGUGUAAUAAACCUCAAGUUUGUCCACAGCUCCAUAGGGAUUGCUGGAGGAGGCGGGAUUUAUGACCUGUACUGCAGCCCGUCACCAGAGGGUGCUGUUCUCACGGUGGCUAGGGAGGCAGACGGCGUCCAAUCUAUAUACCGUCUAUGGUAUUAACCCAUAUAGAAUUUACCAAGCUGGCAUCUUGAUCAGUAAUAAUGUAUUGGCUUUUUAUUUACAAGUAAACUGACACAAAGAGCGCAACAGCAUAUGUUUAUUAGUGGGUUGAAGGAUUAUUGGAACGUAGAAACACGACUGUUGACUUUCAUCUUCCAAUCAAAUUUGUUUUUUUGUCUUCAUUUUGACCUUAUCUGCAAAAAGUCAAUCUAUUAUAUACAGCAAACAAACUGACCAAAGUCAAAUACCUUCAAGAAAUUGUGGCUAAAGUAGUCGAAUGGUGACUACUAAAAAUGUAUAUUUCAACCAACAAGUGUCAUAAAUAACUACACAUCUGAAAAAGUGGAGAAAACGGGUAAGGAAAAGGUAAAAUCAGGAUACGAUACGAUACCCCCCAGAUAUCCCAAAUCUCAUAUUUUCUACCUUUUCUUUUCUCCUCUUUUCCACUUUUUCAGGUGUGAAGUUAUUUAUGACACUUGUUGGUUGAGCUGUAAAUUUUCACGUUUUUUAUCACCUUGUGUACGUCUCUUAGGUGUGCUUUGAGGGAUAUUUACAUCCGUGCGUAUAUUUUUAUCACCUUAAUUUGUUUUGAACUGAUACCGUUGUCUAAUUAUAGGCACUCAAGCUAUCAACAAAGACAUAACCUCCAUCAAGCGUCUCCCACAUCUGCUGUCAUGUCCUGAUGUCUCCCAGCCUGCCCGCCUGUCUAUCAGCCCCGUCUGUUUGCCUCUUAUCGGCUCUCCUGUCUUUCUGCUUGACUCCCCUUCUCUCCUCCACACCCGAGUGAGUUUGUUCAUGCAAAUCUGCCUCCACAUCAUCCGUUUAGCAGCCGCUCUCUCUCCCUCUGUUGUUCCACCACUUGACCUUUGGAGAGAUGCUCGUUGCCCUUGCUUUGUCUUCCUUUCACUCUCCGCACCUCCAGUUUCAUUCCUCAAGUAUUCAAAUGAGCACACACACCCACAGAGCAAACAGCACAACAACCCCCACCAGCCCUGCGUGGAUGUCAAACCUUCAACCAAUCACUCCGCCGCGCUCAUCCUUUCAUCCACCUCCAAUCACAGUGGCCCCCUCGCUGCUUGUUUUCUUCUCUCUGUCUGUCCUCCAAAGGUUUUAUUAUCUGACUGCAGGCGGUGUUUAACCUCGCUGAGUGUGACCUUGGAAAGAUGCUUCACCACACGUCGAACCUCUAACGGAUAUUACGGAGCUAACCAUUAAUGCUGAGAUUACUUUGAGACUGUCUUAUUACACAUUUUAAGGGGCACCACUGGAGCAGAAUACAGUCUGAUGUCCACCGUCAUUAAAGCUCCUGUGAGGGAUUUCUAACAGGUUAUGAGGCAGACUGAAAUUGAUACUGUUAUGAGCAACAGCAGCGAGAGGAACCAUCAGCAACAGGACUGACUAUUUCCACUGAGUUACUUUCAAAACCAUUACAGCCAAGUUGUUUAACAGCAGGCUGAAGAAACAGACAUUUUUACAAUUUCCACUUCAAGUGUUUGCACUGAGCGAUUAGUUUGAGUGUAGAACAAAAACAGGAUGAGUGCUAUCAUUACAAAAUACAGGACAAGUACAUAAGAUGUACAAAAAAAGGCUUUAGGGUUGGGAGAAAAAAUCGAUACAGCAUAGUAUCGCAAUAUUUUGUCUGGUGAUAUAUCGUAUCGUCUCAUUUGCGAAGUAUCGAUUUUUCAAAUUAAUUGCUUAUAUGAAGUCAAAUCUAUGAUAAUGUAAAAAUAAAAUCAACUGUUUGUCUAGUGAGGUUUGCAAAGAUGACAUUAUAGAGCAGGAGAAAGUUAGUGCUACAAAUGAAAAUAAUAGGGUGACCAUAUUCUGACUUCCCAAAAAGAGGACAUGACUACAGAGUCACGGAGUCGCACAAAGUUAAUUUGGAAUUUUUCGGGUCUGAUUACGCACUUCUGAUUCAGUAAGUCCAUGUGACACAAAAUCAAAACUUCUGUAUAAAACCACGAACAUUUGAGUGAUUUUAUAAGCUUCCCCAGACAAAGCCGGACAGCCCAGACACCCCCCAAAAAAGAGGACGUAUCCUGGUAAAAGAGGACGUGUGGUCAUCCUAAUAUAUAAGGUUUGCAUGAUGUGCUACAUGAAAAUAAAAUACUGUGUAAAUAAGACAAACAUAAAGGAAAGACAAAUGCUAAAUUAGCUCAACAGUGGAAAAAAUUGUAUAAAUCACAAUAUAUUGAAUCGCAAUACUCACUGUAUUGCAAAAUGUUAAGAAUCACAAUAAUAUCGUAUCGUGGUGCCACUAGUGAUUCCCACCCCUAAUUAAAACUCAUUUAAACAAUGAAGAAAAACUUUAAAAAGUAUUAAAAGUCUAAAUCUAGUAUUGUAGAGUGUCAGUUUUAUUGAUAAGAGUCCUUAAUUCAAGAUGCAUGUGGCACGGUCAAAGUAGGUGGCACGUCUUUAGCGACCCUGGCAACCUCUGGUGGAUCUGACUCCGACACUGACCCCACACAUCGCUACCUCCUUCCCCCCAAUCAUUUCCGAUCAGAGGCAGAAUAACUUCCCUCACCUUUAUGCUUGAAGACAAGGCGAAUUAAAAGUACACUAUAAUCCCACCCUGAAACGACAGCAUGUGAACUCUUUAUGGACUGAUAUCUGAAGAUCUUUAUCUCCACAGCUGAUGUUCUUGUGUUCUUAUUGUCUCUCAGGUGUCUUUGCUGAGUCUGUCCUCUAAAAAUGUCUGGCCUCAGGAUAUUUGCUGAUUUCCUUCCUACUGAUACGACAUGGGUUUAUAAGUUGUUGACUAUUUGUCCAAAUCAGUUUGUGAAGGUAGUAGUUGUGACUUUUGGCAGGUGACCUCCUCAGGCAGCCGAAUAAACUCCUGUAUCCUGCUGUCACAAUGUCAGAUUUUCACCUCAUGAUUAAAAAAAAUCACAAUAACAGUAUUAUACCGUUAUUAAUUGAAAACUUAUAAUUGAGAAACAGCAAGUUAAGUAUGAAGCAACAUAAAAGAAAUGUAUAAAGUGAGCAUUUAUUUAUAUUCAGGGUGAAGAAUCACUUUAACAUUUACUUCGAUUUUUACAGUAAAAUGCCGUAUUUUCUUCAUCUCUUUCUGCCUUUUUCUGCUAUUUUCUCUUUCCCCAUCAUUCAGCUCUGAUAAGUUCAUGCAGAAGCUAUAAUCCACGGCUACCUUUUGCCAUGCUCUUCCUGUUUCCAUGUGUGUGUGUGUACGUGUGUGAGAGACUGUGUGGGUUUCCUCCCCGGGGAACUGAGGCUGAAGUAAUGAAAUGCUCAUUACUGAUUCAGCUGGAAAUGCUGGGGAUACAUUUACACGCCCACACAAACGCACACACACACACACACACACACACCAGCUAUCCAGACGCUUUUCAAGGUCAUCUUUGUGUGUGUGUGUUUGAUUGUGUCUGUGUGUCCGGAGAGUGUGUGAAUACGAGAGUCAGAGAAUGAAUGUCUGUUAUACACAUACAAAUUGAAGGGCAAAAGGCGCGGGCGUAAUUGGGGUCUAAAUUGACAGUUCUGUACAAAACACCACGGGCAUCUGAUAUCAGAGGCCAUCAUUAAGACUGCAGUUCACACACACACAGACACACACACACACACACACUUAUUUACUUUGGCUGUCAGUUUCCUUUGCAGCUUCGACUCAUCACAUCAUGCCUCCCUGCCAUCCUUUCAUCCCUCCAUCUCCUUGAAUAAACUGUGUCAAACUUAAACACACUGUAUACAAACAGAUAAGACACACACACACAAACACACACAUAACAACUCAGAGUAUGUGAACAAGCCAGAGUUAUCAUCUAAGGCAAGACGAGACAGCGCAAACGCUCUCCAUCUUUGUUCACCACAUUAAGACGCAUGUUGAUUCAGCCUCACACACACACUCACACACACACACACACACACACACACACACACACACACACACACACACACACACACACACACACACUCACACACACAGGUCUGAUCAAAGCAUAGCUAACGUGUUUCUGCGGCGCUCAUCGUGUUUAUAGACACACACAUAAUGUCUGCUGCUAUUAGAGAGAUGCUGUGUUGUCAGUUGGCUUUAGUUUCAGUUCUCAGACCGGAGAAUCAGACCCAGUAAUGCUGAGGUUUGACUUCUCUGGGAUGGAUCAGGCAGAAACGCUGAGGCCUGAACAUUACAGCCGCAGAUUACAGCGGAUUAAGACUUCAUUAUUUCCUCUGUGAUACAAAAACAUCAUUAAAAACAAAACAAUAAACACAGUCAAUGGAAUUUUUAUCGUCGUUUCAGUUAAGGCACGAGCAAGUUUUGUCAUUGGCGAGGAUGUGUCUAUUUUGAAAAGCUGCUUAUUCAUCAACUCUUGCUGUAUUUGUUCUUCAUAUUUAAUAAACAGUCAUUUUUAUUUAGUGCAAUAGUAAAGCCGAACUCAAGUGUGGACCAUAAGUGAGACUGAAGGGUCUUUUAUUUCUUAAUAUUUAAUGCCCUAAAUCGGAUAGAGGAUAGGUGUCCGCCGAGCAGCUGAAGACUAAGUCCUGUUUUACCUUUUUGUGAGAUGACACGACUUAAACAUGCAAACGACCAGAUAUGUAAAGGCUACUUUGUCCACAGGGGGUGCUAAAAUUAAAACACAUUAAAGGUUUGUCACAGGAGCUUUAAUUGAUUACCGCUAGUUAGGGGUAAUAAAGAUCACCAGCUGAAGUAGUUUACAUGUCUCUGCAUUUUGAGUACCUGAAUUUAAUUGAACUCCUCUACAUUAACAUAAUCCACUCCUUCCAAUCUCCCUUCUCUCCUUUUCUCUCCUCGCUCUUUGUCAAAUUUAGCAAACAAUCCUUACGGUUCAAGAACAGUAAGCACACAGCAUUUGAGAGUGGAGCAUAGCGUCCAUUCAGACGGGAUACCAAAGUCAAGUUCAGCCCACAGUACAUUAGCUGAUCCUAACACCUGCAUAUCUCAGCGGAUAAGUCAACUAACAUUCUUCCUCAUAUCUAAUUUGCUAAAAGUCAGAGAGUAUCUGCCUCAGGCUGCCUGUACUUUAUAUAAUAAACAACUUAAAAAAACUAGUUGAAGACUAUUUCCUGAUACGCAAACAUGUCUUUCCCUCUUAACUGUCUGAGAGUAUUCUCGCCUGACAUAAAUCACUGCAAACAAUCAUUGAAUGAAUGCAUUUUUAAACAAAUAAAGCUCAAUUAAAUAAUUAAAUUCUAUAUGAAUUGUCUUAUUAUAUGUGGCAAAUCUGAAAAAAAUUAUUUAUAUAUUCUAGGGCUGCAACUAACGAGUAUUUUGAUAGUUGACUAUUGAAAUGAUUUGUUGACCAGUCGGAUAAUAUCUUCCCGAGGCGAGUCUAACUGUUCAUUCAACAUUCUGAUGUGCCUUCUCCUCAAAUGUUUGUGCAUCAAGUGAUAUGCAAGGUCUGCUGUGCUCCCAAACAUUGAAGGGUUUUAAGUGCAUUCUCGUGGCUGCUGUGUGGGAUGUCAACGCUGCCAUGUUUGAAUACCCUACUGCUCAGGUACCCUAUACACUGCACAUGUGUGACUCUAGGCAAAGAUUGUAAUGAAGUAAGAUGCCUCACUCCACUGGAAUUCAAUGGAAUUCAUUGUCGACUUUUUUCAUUAUCAAUUUUUGUCAACGUCAACUAAUCGUUGCAGCCCUAAUGUAUUCAUCAGAUCUUUUUUUUUUUCUUUGCUUAUGGUUGAUCUUUUGGCUCAGUAAAUUGAAUAUCAAUGUGCCAUUUUCACAUGUUAUCAUAACACAUCAAGUUAGAGUUUGUGGAUCACAUCGGUUAAAUUUCAGUGUCCAAUCUCAAACUGUGAAACUGUGUAUGUCAGAGAGAGAGAGAGAAAGACAGAUACAGAGAUACAUUAAACACUUGGCAGCUCUUCUGUGUCCUCUGGGUCAGCACAGCUCUGAUUUAUGUCCCUCCUCAACUAGCCUGGGACCUCAGCUGUCGCCCCGGGGCAAACUCCUCACUAAAUCCAGUUUCAGUUUUAUGUUAUUGUUUUGGAAUAGUAUCGGCGUUACAGCUCAGUGUUAAGGCCGAGACAUUUAUUAGCUCUGACUUAUAUUUCUUUAUAAACAAUCGGUUCAUCCUCUGGGGAUACAAACUGUGCAUGAAUGAAGUGUGAGCAGUUCAUCUGCUGAGCAUCAAUAAAAAAAAAAAACACAACCUGAAACUGGACACUGCAAACCACCUCUGCGACACACUGAUGGGAUCCUUCAAAUGUCAUUCUGGCAUUCUCAUUAUCACACACACACACACACACACACACACACACACACACACACACACACACACACACACACACACACACACACACACACACACACACACACACACACACAGAGUCACAAUCAUUACUCAUCGCAGUAAAGGUUAAAAUACCCCAUGAGUAUGACUGGUGACAUUGUUCAUCACUCAUCUCUGGCAGUGAGUGUUUCUGGCCAAUAUGCCAUAUGUAACAUGUUCUGGGUUGUUGCUAAGAGACAAAUAUGCUGAAGGACAUGAAGAAGGAGGAGGCUCCAUGUUGCCACCUCAGAAUACACAAAUGUCAGAGGAUAUAUUUACAUGCAAACUAGUCACUCAAAGAAACACGAGUUAAGAUAAGAUAGACUUUAUCGUCCCAGUGGGAAAUUUGUGCUAGACUUCAUCUUGCCUUAAUUCAGCAACAUAACAGUUGAAAUUUGGAUUCUGUUAUCAGUCAUGUAGGGCCAUUAAUAUUCAAGUAUUGUUGCACUACUUGCUCAUGCAUUGAUCUCAGCUGAAGUACUACAACUCAGUCCGCUUACAGGUUCAUGCACCAUGUCAGCCGAGACCAGAGAAAGUGAUGUGAGGAACCAUUUUGACAAAAAGGACGACGGUAAUGUGCUGCGCAAGAUAUGCAGUGUGAGACAUAUGUAUCAUAGAAAUACUAGUUUGAUACUUAACAACAUAGAGCACUGGGAGAUGACAGCAGAGACAUUUGACAGGCAAUCCCACAUACCAGCAUUCGCUGUUAGCAGACGUCGGUGUGAUGAUUCCAGCAGAGAAGAUUAUCCUGCUAAUAAUGAAAACUUUGACUGGAGAUAUGCUCCCAUUAAGAUUUGUAGAAGGUUUCCGUGAGCUGACGGCGUUUGAUGUGCUGGAGGAUGAGCCACCAUCAUGGGGGACAACAACGGGGAGUUCAAAAGAGACCACUGUCCUCCAGUCACGCAGUACCGAUGAAAACUGCAUAAAAACCUAGUUGCCCGGUAACAAAUGUAUAACUUGCAAGUCCUAUUUGUUCAUAAAGUUAUUCGAUUACUUGAACAUGGGGAUUUCUGGAAAUGCACAUCCUGAGUAUAUAAAUGCAAUAUCCCAAUUUGGUUUUGUGGCUCUGUUCUAAGAGCUCCCUGCCCCUCCUCAUGCUUACAUGGGAUGCCAAAGCCGGUGUAGGUACUAGAUGUGUUCAGGCUGUCAGAUUGGCUCGGAGCCCGGCACCUAUUGAUGACGUCACACUAUAUGAUUGGCUGGAAGUUGGUUCAGAUGACGUAGAAGAUUGUGAUGGGUCCAGACAUUAGAAGGCGGUUUUUGCCAGAUUAGGUUUCAUGGGAUUGUAGUUUUUUGGAGAAAGCAUGGGCGAAUUUUACUAAGCAAUCUAUGGCGACUUAUCAAAGGGGACUUGUGACAGCUGGACUAUCGUCUUAUUAAGGUCGCCUGAGGAAAUGUUGAAUAAAAGCAAAACUAUCCAUAGAUAAACAGAGAUUCUGCAUACGUUUUUUGUCUUUUUCCUUUAUAAAAGUUGAUAUAUACAAUUAAAGCCAUCUAAAAAUUACAGUACAGAAUGAUCACUUUGAUAAAUUGAAGGCUAAUUUUCAAUACUGUACUAUAAGAUACAACUUAGUGUUCCUACAAGGACAUUCAGACUGUUGUGCACAAUUAACAACCUCAACAGUGUUAAAAAUAAACAAGAACAGACAUUAACAACCCUCAGAGUCACAUAGCAACUCUUUAAUCAAGGUAUAUUGCACCUUACCUAUGUUGCACAUGUUCUGCAUGAUAUAUACACAUGAGUGAAGAAAGAUAACAUUUUCAGGAAAUAAUUGACAGAACAAUCUUGACGUCAGUGGGCGUGCACUCCUUUAGGUGUUUGCAUUACACUGUGAGUGUGCAGAAAGUGAGAUUUGUGGUUGGAACAAGCUAUAGGAGGAACAGGAAGACGUACAGGCUUUUCAGUUUUCUGUGGUUGAAUGUUUCUUCCGGCCUAAAAAGACACAAACUUUUGAACCUUUAACGUCUUGAACCUGAACCCUCUCGCUGAGAGAGAAAACAGUUUUUGCUCUCUUUGAAAAUUUUUCCUCACAAAUGCAAUAAUAAUAGGACGCAGCUUUAUUUCUUAAACAGGUUCACACCAGAUGUGACAUACGGUUUAUGGUUUUAAUAGGUACAGAUGGAUACCAAACAGACCACACACAAACAAACAAACACACUCACGCACAUUUGCAUCGCCAAAAACCCGGUUCCCUUAUUGCUCUGUGAAGCUUUUUGUCAGGAAAUAACUCCCAUAAAAGAUCAAAAACACUGAGCUGGAAGUAAAUCAUCUGAAUCAUCAAACUGACGGAUGAAAACAAAAACAUCAGGCGUCUCUUGCACUGAUUUUAUUUUUUAUUAGCGGAGGAGCAUCUGUUAGGGUUUUGUAUUUCCAACUUUGUGUGCGUGUGCGUGAUUUAGUGCGAUUUUGUGCGUCUUUAAACAGUCUCCUGCUGCGGUCUAAUGUCUGUGUUAUGAUGAGAUAUAAUAUUUGUGUGAGUGUGUGAACAUUAAGAACUCGUCUCAUUCCUCAGCGACUCAAAGAGGCUCUUUGUCUAUUGUGCUGCAGGACAAUGUGUAUUGUACCACGCAGAAUCAGAUUUCUCCCCGAGCAGGUGUGCGUGUGUGUACGUGUGUGAAAGUGUGUGUAUGCCAGAAUAGAGCAUGUAGUGCGACGUAGUGCAGGUGAGCAUGAUCCAGAUGAUAUGUGUGUGAUUGUGUGCGUGUGUGCACGCAUUUAGCCAGCGGCGCAGUCUGUCUCUCUCCCGUCCUAAUCCCCUCAUUUACCUUAGUUCCUCCCGUGAGGAGCCUGGACUGCUGCCAACACACACACACACACACACACACACACACACACACACACACACACACACACACACACACACACACACACACACACACACACAAUAUGCAUAUGAAAGCAUGAAAGCAUCUGUGGAAGUCUGUCCAUAUGCCCAUUAAUUAAGCAACAUGUCACAUAUCUCAGUCCUGUCUUUGUGUAAUUGUGUGUAUUUGUGUGUGUGUGUGUGUUUGUGUGUGUGUAAGGUAACAAUAUUCACAUUUUUUGCCGAGAUGGGUGUGGGCUGGGUGAAAUUCAUAAAUCUUUCAGGUCUAAACAACAGCAACACGGCCAUAACUAAUGCAAGAUUUUAUGAGAUUCAUGCGACUAAAAACAGAUCCAGAGUGACUUCCACAAACCUCCUCUCAGACUUAUAAUUUAUAGGCUUGUUUAUUUACUGGGAUAUUUUUAAACUGCAUUUCUCAGAUUGUUUGCAAAUGCCUGAACUUGUUUGGGUUCAUCUAAUUGAUCUCUGCAGACACUUAACGUUGUAUAAACGUGGGUUUAUUGCUUGCAAAACUUGAUUAAAGAGGUGCCAGAUUUCCCCAGUUUAAGAUCAUUAUCAUACGAGUUACGUACUUCAUUUUGGAUAUCAGCUGUUUUCAUAUGGAGCACUUAGAAACCAGAUUUCAAGUUUGGGAAAAGGUUAAUAUCUAUACAGCUUUAACACAGUGUACAAGGAUGAAUGUUUUUGUAAACACAUGAGUGACACACUGAUGCAGCUGACUGACAGGUGGGUGUGUUGGUGUUGUGGAGGAAGCUGAAAGCCUGCGUCAGCUCCACCUCUCUGCACGUUUGUAGGUUGAUCAAAAGUUUAGUCAGCGUAUUCAAGGCUUCAAAAUGUCUCUUUAUUAAUCAGUCUGCUACAUCCUCAAUUAUACAAUCUAAUAACACCACAUCAAUAAUAAUAAUAAUGAAAUAAUUAUUAAUAAUGAAAGUGAAUAAAAUCCCAACAAUUUUAUGACUAUUCCAAAUAUGACAACACACAGAUUUGAUCACACUUAUGUAAACUAUGGAGGUUGAAAAGAGACAGAAUGAAAUAUAUAAACACAUCUUUAAAUAAAUACUUAAAUAUGUCAUUAAUUAAUUAAAAUAGGAAUCAAAUAAAUAAAUGUGUCAUUAAUUUAUUGAAAUACCAGUAUAUACAUAUAUAAUUAUUUCACUAUUUAUUUAAUAAUUUUAUAGACCUGUGUUGCAGUGCUUCUUGAAUUUAUUUCAUCUGUCAAACUCACCCAUCAAAGUCAGUAGGCAGGACUCAUGCUGCUAACAGUGUGAUCCAUAUGCUUUAAUUAUUUAAUGACAUAUUUAAGUAAUUAUUUAAAGAUGUAUUUAUUUAUUUCAUUUUGUCUCUUUUCGUCUUCCAUAGUAAAUAGCUUAUCAAUGUUCAUGUCUGAUAUGAGCCUGAAGGUGUUAACUGCAGCUUGUGACACAAAGUCUUUAUUGUGUCGGGAUUUUUUAAAGGAUGCACAAAAAAAGGAAAACUAAUUUAGAUUCUUCUAAAUGAUUCAUUCAACAUAAAGGUUUUGGUUAAUGGAACACUUGUUUUUUUUUUAAGAUAGUGAGUCAUAAGGUGAAAGAAGUACGAAUGACUGAUAGUAAAAGGCGAUCAACUUAUUCACCAUGUAGAAAUGAAAAGAUACGUUACAGGGUUUUCGUUGAGUAUUUUGUUUACCACUAUGUUUUCUCGUCCUCAGGUGAUGAGACAGGUGGCAUAGCCAGCGGUCACAUCCCACCAAUAAAAGACAUGGCUCCUCCCCCUCCUCAGCGACCUGUCCCCCCUCACCGAGCCUCACCUCCACAGGUAACUUUUCCUUUACAUUCAUUACUACUCUUGUGUGAAGGCUAGGAACCAUAGACCUUCUCGCUGGGUGAAGCCACCGCGAGAACAGCACCCUCUGGUGACAGGCUGUGGUAUAGGUCAUAAAUCCCGCCUCCUCCAGCAAUCCCUAUGGAGCUGUGGACAAACUUUAGAAAUCUAUUACACAGAGUAUUUUUGUAUUUUACUCUAAUAUUUUAAGGAUUUUUGGCAAUUGGUUGUAUUUUCUGUUGCUGAUUAAUGCAAUUAAUAUAGUUUAACACAAAAUGUAUACAUUAUCAGUUUGAUAACAGCAUCUGAGCUCCUCUAAAGUAUGUUGUCAGAGAAAAAUGUCUUCUGAUUUAUGAUUGUGAAUAAGAAUAGUCCAUAGAUGACUCUUACUUUUAACAAAAGGAUCAAUGAUUGAUUGAUUGAUUGUUCUACCAUGUCUAUAUUUGUAUCAUUUCGCUCUAGGUGGCUGUUCGAGGCUCAGCCCACACAUUGUCAACCCAACCUUUGACCCCGCUGACCCUGGUGCUUCUUGUACUGUCACCAUGGCAACACCACUGAUCACCCAAGCAGAGCUGGUCCGUGAUACGAACAGAGAGACAAAAAGACUGAGAGAUAACCACGUGUCUGUGUGUGUGUGUGGUGAAGAAAGCACCGGUCGGCUGCUCUGAUUGGCUCGGCUGGAGGAACACUGUUGAUUUAUCCGAGUUGCAGGUGCACAGUUGGCAUUUUUAUUUGACCUGUACUGACCUCUACAUACGUUCAUUUCUUUGUCGUUAACUCUGAUAGGAUAGAUCGCACAGAACUACUGACUUUUUUUGAAGAGAGAUGUAAAUACAAAUAUAUAUAUUAUAUAUAUUUAUAUGAAGAAUUUCUAUAGAUAACAGUGGAAUGAUGUGUAAAUAGAGAUUAUUAAUAUAGAACAGGCAGAUUGACUUGGACCUAAAGGGAUGUUUGGCUCAGUUUGACCCUUUAUUGUGUUACUCUCCAGCAGAUACUAAGAUCCAUGAAAGCUGCGGCUCUGGCUGAAUGCUCGAGUUACAGCAGCUGUUUACUCAAAGUGAACACACACUUCUGAGGAUUCAUUAACGUUCAAGAGCACAGAGCGUUAAACUGAGAGGCACUUUCUCGAUAAGAAAAUCAGCCAAUUAUGUGACACUUCGGACUAUUUACAGAUGGUCAUGCUGCACGAUAAAAAAGUCAGAGUUUGGCCUGUAAGCAGACGCAGACUGAAGCCCAGAUGACACUCUUUCUUCACAUAAAUAUGACCUUUUAUUCAUGCAAGCUGCACAAGGUUUUCUCUGUUCCUCAGGCAAGAGUUUUAACUACGCAGCACUUAAAAAGACACCACAUAAACAGCUGAGAUCUCUCCAGAGGAAUUGUUUCCCCUGGUAGUUUGUCAUUUCUAGACAUAAAACACCACUUACAGUCUGGAUCUGUGAGGGAAAAAAUGAGUCGACUGUUUUCCCAUCAAGGUGCACAGUGUACCGAGCUGUAAAAACACUACAGGGAGUGAUAUAACAGCCUUUUUUUAGCUUCAGUCUCAGACUGAGCUGCCACAAAAAUCCUUGACAUAAAGCUCACUGUUUUCCAAUUUAAACCGAGCGCUUAAUGCAAGAAGAGUCUAAAAAUGGUUUGCAUUAAAAAGCGAGAUACAACGCAGACAAAUCUCCCUGUACUGUGAACUUUGUGUCACCUCACUGUCACGCCCAAAUACUAAACCGUUUCUGUAAUUUCAAAAGCUGGCUGGCCUCCAAAUGUACGCAUCAACACUAAAACCUCCAACAGGAAGAUAACAUAUGAGACAAUAUUUGAAUACAGAUGAAUCUUUUCUUUAUGCAGAAACAUGUGUCUUCGUUUUAUGCUUGUGUGAUCAGGGCGCAGCUCAGCCCAAGCCCAAACCUGUGAAUUAGAUUUAAUUCAUAUUAAUCAAAGCUGUCAAAUCAUCCCGGCUCUCUGAUGAGCCUCAAACCCCUAAACUGCAGAGCAACAGCAGGACAGACAACUGGGAUCGUGAUUAAAUACAUUAUAAACCAAGCAAAUGAACCAGCUGAAGGACAAUGUGAGCAUUUAUGUCGCUGGAUGGCUCGACUUUCCUUUAAUCUCUUCAUUUUGCACAAGUAUCAACCCUGUGAAAGAGGAAAAACCUGAGGCUGUUUGUUUAUCAAGGAAUGGAAAAAGACAACCUGAGAAAUACCAUUAGGAGAUUAAAUGUUUUGGCAUCCAGCCCGAGUGCCGUGUAAACUCGCAGUAUGCUUCUACAACUUAAUCUGUCAAACAAACACAGUAUUAUUUGAUUUCUGUUUGAACUAUAACCUCAAUGAGAUUAUAGUCUGGAUUCAAGCCAAGCCGUCAAUCUUUCACCGCCCCCUGCUAGGCCACCCCUUAGAAACAAACCGCCAACAAACACCAAAACAUGAAACCAAGAGAGACAUCCGGACAGAGCAGACUGCAACCACGACUAAUAAUCCACAUGCACAAGCUGAGUGUUUGAAUAUAAUGAGAAAGCUCAUGUUGAAUUAUCGUUUUGCUGUCCUGAAGUGUUAUUAUCUUAUGUAGCUGUGCAUUUGUAAUGAAUUUCUGUAUUUGAAUUAUUUCAAAUUUGUAAAAAUACUGGAAAACCACUUUAAUAUUCUGUUUAUUUGUAUAAAUAUCAUGAAUAUGGACUGAAAAACAUGUCAUACACAUGGCUUCUUCUCAUAAAAAACAGUCGUUGAAAAUUGGAGUUCAAUUUGAGUAUUAUCUGGUACCAAAUUAAUCGGGUAAUUUUAGCUGUACCUUGGUUCGAUCUUCUACCAACUCCCAUGAAAUCCAGGCUAGAUGGCAACGAGAACAAACCUUACUUUCAGAUGUGAUAAGUAGAUGAAACAAACAGGUUUAGUUCGCUGUCCUGUUCUUUCUCCAUUAAAGAGUGGUGACCGCACUUUUGGAGAGUUUUAAAAAUGUAAGAAAUAUAUUCUCAUUAAGGGCCUGUGUCCACUCACAGUAUUAUGAAUACUGGCAGGGUCUAUUUCCUCAACGAAGCUGAUGCAUUUCAGCGUUUCUGGCAUCCUGAGAUCAAAAUUGACCUCAUCAUUCUCAGUCUAAAGUUUAAUUUAGGAACACUGCUGAGCUAAUUCGUGUUACUACUCCAUUACUGAUAGAUCUGAAUUUAAAGGGUUUCUGGUAUCAACAACGGCAGAGGUCGGAAUAACUGAGAAAAUAACCAUUUAAUUUUUUCAUGUAAUAAAUAAUAAAUAUAAAGCACGUGGGGGGUUUAAAUUGGGUUUAACAGUCACGGCUGAGGGAAGCAGAAGUGCUGCCGAACAACUGUAGUAGCCUAGCAACAGAAAGUAAGGUUGUGGACAUUACCAGGACUGCAAAUACAGAGGACACAGGCCCUUAAAGUAAACGUUAGGAAAUGUUUAAAAUAAUAAGCUUCGCCUAUUAUGAGAAGUUAAAUUUUCUGCAAAAUUUAAAGCUCCUGUGAGUGACUUCCUGUCUGUGUUGACUUUGGCGCCCGCUGUGGUCAAAGUGGUAAUCCCGCAGUCUUUUUACAAUAAAACUUAUCACUCAUUAUGAAUAUUUCACUCUGGAAAAAAAAGACUAAGGGUUGUUUCUUAAGUCUACCUAUCCCUUCAGAGUAAAAAGUUAAAGUAUGGUCUCGUUUGCCUUUCUACAUCAUAAAGAGACAUCAGUGUUAAUUUCAUAACCAAUUAAAAACUCCUCACAGGAGCUUUCAGAGGGAAUUUCCAGCCUGUCUCAUUUUAAGCCAUCUACAGUGAAGACUAAAGUCUGAAUCCUGUUGGUGGGAAAGUGUUUAUUUCAUGGAUCCCAUGGAGGUUUAAACACCAAGCACAGACAUGAUCAUUUUGUAUUUCCUCGUGUUUUGUCAUAAUGUUUCACAGCAUGGCGUGUCUUGAACCGAGCUGUGUUGUGCCACUGUAAUAUAAAACUAGUUUCACGUAUACUGGAUCAGAGUUUUAACAGGUCGUUGUAGUUUGAGACUCUAACUUUUGUCACUGUGAUGUAGCAGUUAGCAGGAACGCCAGGAUGUAACUCACCAACAGCUGAAGUACGAUGGUUUCUCUGACCACACUCAGGAAACCAUCACACUCAUCUCACUCAACUAAACCAGUGACUCUCAUGUGAAACUUGUAUAAAUAUACUGAGAAACAGUUUGUCCUGCUGCUCUGUUGUGUUGUUAAUCUUCAGCCUAACAUUCUCAAUAAUAAACUGUUUAAAAGAUU